AUGGCAGCUACUUUACAGAAAGCUGAAAUGUGUGAUAACCGAGUGCAUGGAACUCCCAAAGUGAAAGUCACUAUUUUGGCCUCUGAAUGGGGAUCAAGUUAUGGGGGACUUUCCACCUUAAACAGAGAAUUAGCUAUUCAGUUAGCCAAAUUCCCUGAGGUGGAAAUCACUUUCUUUUUACCAAAAUGCAGUCAAGAGGACAGAAAGAUAGCUCUGGAACACAAAGUAAAGAUCGUUGAGGCAACACCACUGACUGGCUUUGAACAACUGAAUUGGCUUUGUUUUCCGCCAGAAGAUUUGCAUAUCGACAUUAUCGUAGGUCAUGGAGUUAAACUCGGUAAACAAGCACAAGUCAUUAAGAACUCUAAAAAUUGCAAGUGGGUUCAAGUGGUGCACACAGACCCAGAGGAACUUGGAAUGUUUAAAAGCUAUUCCAACCCAAUUUCAAAGGGCGAAGAAAAGCACAAGACCGAAGUAGAACUGUGUAAAAUGGCGGAUCGUGUUGUAGGAGUUGGACCCAAGUUGAGCGAGGCCUUUCGGUCAUAUCUUUGUGGCUGUUGUAAAGAUGGAAAUGUCUUUGAAUUCACUCCUGGAGUAUUUGAAGAGUUUAAGGAUGUGAGGCAGGCUGCUGGCCAAGGGCAACGACGCAAUGUCUUACUGUUUGGUAGUGGAGACGUAGAAGAUUUCGAAUUAAAGGGAUUUGACAUCGCUGGGAAAGCAGUUGCUGCAUUACAUGAUACUCGUCUUGUGUUUGUUGGAGCAGCGGAUGGAAAAUACGAAGAAGUAAAAAAUCGUUUUAUCAGAUGUGGCGUUCCUACUAACCGUUUGAGAGUAAGAGGAUUUGUUGCCCGAGAGAGUUUGAGGAGCUUGUUCCAGGAAGUGGAUCUUGCAGUCAUGCCUUCGAGAACAGAGGGCUUUGGACUAACAGGACUCGAGGCAAUGUCAGCUGGUCUCCCUGUGCUGGCCAGUCGCAAUUCUGGUUUUGGAGAAGCACUGCGCAGUGCAGCUUUUGGUUCAUCAUUUGUAAUUGACUCAGAGGACUCAGCAGUGUGGACCGUAGCCAUCCAGAAUAUCUUGUCCAAGGACAGGGACUGUCGACUUGAGGAAGCGGUGACCUUGCGUGACUCCUAUGGCAGGAAAUACAACUGGACCAAACAGAUAAAAGAGUUAGUUGACAGGAUGAUCACCCUGGCUCAUGGUAGGAAUGUCAAUUAUAUUUUCUUCAGUGGCACAUUAUUAGGAAACAAUAGAAAGAAAAGUGAAAAGAAACAAAAAUAGGAUGUCUUACAAGUUUUGCCCGGAAGUCUUGAUUAAAAAUGUUUGAGAAUACCUAUCUGAACCUUAUGCUGAUAACAGCAAAACUGUAACGUUUAUAAUGUUUUUUCCGGUACAUUGCUUUCAGCGGAAUAGUCUGUAGAGAGCGGUCGUCAUACCCUUCGGUCAUAGGCUUUAUUUGUAGUACUUCACGUAUAUUGUUAUAGUUACACAAACAUAAUCCCCGCAAUAGCAUGUUUUCUCUCUAAAGGCCCGGAGCUCCUUAGAAACAAAGUGCCACGCUUCUCAGAGGGUGGAAAGCAUGACUGACGACCAUGAAGGUAUCUUCGUAGAAAGCUUGCGUAAAAAUCAUUUCUGUCUAUUUUUAACCAAGUGGAAGAAGCACAGGAGGCGCGCGAGAGGGAGCAAAAAAUAGGGACGGGGAGAGGAAUAGACUGCCGACCGCUGAGCUUCUAUCCCAGGAAUACACAACCUAAUAUAUGCCCAACAAAUGUCCGUCGCUGGGAGGAACGGGCACACCUGGAAUUGACUAAGCCUUAAGUUUCAAAGAGAUUUAAUUAUUAUUCUAACCAAAGCUUGUUUUUGCAGAGCCUUCUAUGGAAAUUGAAAACAACCAAAGAACAAACUCUUAUGACGACCAGCAGCUUGUUUCAGAAACGUCCCUUAGUAGUGACCGUGAAUUGAAAGCUGAUGCGGCAUCAGCAAAUCCAACUAAAAUAUCCACGAAUUCAGACUCUCAGUCUCAAAAUAGCCGUAAGCGUAAAAUGUCAGAAUUCUCUUGUAAUUCAGGUAAGCAAAAACACGAGUUGUUUUUCUUGCUAUUGCUCACUAGUACACUUCUACAUGUAAAGGUGGGGGGAGUGAUUGUUAGAUUACUCAAAGGUGCUUUUUCCUACAGGACUUGUUAUCGUUUACGCUCAUAGUAUGGAAGUGUAUUAUUGAUAAUAGUAAACCUUAUAUAGCGCCGAUAUCAAUAGUCGCUUGAUAGUCGCCAUUUUCAUCAGCGGUUAUAAAAAAAGAUUUUGAACAAAUGAUAAAUAAAUAUAUAAAUGUACAAAAAAUUAAAGAUAUCGAACACUAAAUCGUAAAGAUUACUUUGCUUACUUAAACCGUGCAAACUGCAUAAAACCUUGCUAAAAACGAGUGAAAAAGGUUACAUCAAGUUACAUAAGAGCUUUCUAGAAUGAAAGUGCCUUGAGUGCCUUCUUAAAAAUGACAACGGAGGGGCUUCUCCUUAUCGCAAAAGGAAACAAAUUCCGAAGUUUGGGAGCAGCAACAGCAAAAGAGCAAUCUCCUAACGUGGUUUUAGUGCUGAAUUCUCCACUAUGCCAUUAAAAAUAUCUUAGUGACAACUAUUUUCAAAAAUAUGUGCGAACGUCAACAUUCUAUUGACAUUCAAGUAUGCAGCUAAUAUUGUGAAUAUGUGAUAACGCCCUAACUAAGUUGCCUUGUGGGGGCUUGGAUAAGGUUUUUAAAGCUCUUUAGCUAUGGUUGAGGUGCCUGAGUAGACAUUCAGUAAUGAUGAGUACCUUGACGAGAGCCGUCUCUUAAAUACAGGUACUUCAAGUGAGGAUAGCGGAAUCCGCUAUAAGAAGCAUAUGCCUUCCAAGAUAGCUAGUCAUGAAGGUGCAUCUUCCCUGAGAAAGGAACCUCUCAAAAGCUGGAGUAUGCAAAGCAUACCAGGAUGCACUUCUAGUACAGGUAAAUGGAACAAGCUAAUUACUAUUUUGUUAUAUUGCUGCAGUAGUAAUGAAGGUUUAGGAAUAGUUUUUAAGGUGGCGCACCUGGUUUAGGGGCAAAGCAUUCCAAGUUUUAGCAUUAACCACGUCGCCAUUGACCAAGAUAUCCAAAAUACUGUCACAAGUGUCAUAUCAAUGUAAUGAUUUCAUGACGAAAUUAUGCAUUAGUUUUGUUGAGGUGACGGGUAAGGGUGGCUCAGGCAUCAAAGAAAACCCGCAACAAGCGUUUCCUGUUGUUGUUGUAGUUUGGAUAUCAAUAGCAGUUUUACCCGUUAAAAUUAAUAACGCAAAGAAUGACUAUUCUUACGUGAAAACGAACCAAAAAUCUGGAAAUGAAAAUUCAGUAAGUUGACUGAGCCACCCUCGGGCGAGGGAAAUUUGACCUCGGACCAGCGCCCUCUGUCCACUCCCGAAAUCAAAGCGUCCGGCGAAGGAAGGUAUUUUGGACAUGGCGCGAGAAAAUGCUCAUCUCCAGCAACAUGCGUGGGGAUAUUUCCCUUUUAAACGUUUUCUGAAUUGUAGCGACGAUAGGACUUUGCCUCUGAUCGAACAAAUGUGCUACUCGAUGGGUUUUCCGCAAACCGCCUUCGAGUGGACAAGGUCCGGACUGCCGGCUGUUUUUCUGUUCAGCCUUUACUUCGUCUUACGAAGGGAGUGACAGGGGUCACACAAUAACAACAACGACUUAAUCGAUGAAUUCACACCAAAAAAAACACAGGAAUACUUCAAAGGUAAUUGUUUUUCAUACAAAGUCUCAACGGUCGCCUGUAACGCUACACCGACAUCUCUUGUAAGAAAGUGUAUUUACAUUCCAGAUUCGCUAGCCUGCGGUACAGACGUCCCCCCUUCCUCCAAAAAUAUCGGGAGAAGAGACAAAUGUAGCCUGUGUACAGACUCCCUCCUCCCUCAGAAAAAAUGGGGGGAAGAGUCUCUUCCCCCGAUUUUUUCUGAUGGAAGAGGGACGUCUGUACACAGGCUACACAUUCGCCUGUGAAGACACAAAUAAACACCAGGUUACAUAUGUGCCGUCUGUGUUAUAUUGAGAAAUUUACCCGUGCGUUUCAAUCUGUUAUCUAUUUGCAGUUUUAUUUCUCACCUGCACGAAUAAAGUACGUUUGUUGAAUUUCCCCUGUGUAUUAUAUAUGGGUAAUGGUUUUUCGACGUCUGAUAAGCUUAUACAUGAAAUAGACCCAAAUCGUCCCGCAACAAGGACAAAACACAAAAAGAUUAUUAAAUAACCAGAAUUACGCCAUAUUUCUUGAAAAACUAUGAUAGUUGAACCUUGAUUAUCCGAACUUGUUUCCCUGGUCCCGUUUUUUUUUAUGAAUAUUAAUACGAUGUGAUCUUGAACAAUUGAAACGAUUAAAAAAGUUCAUUAAUCCUUCCAAACUUGUGUUUAAAACACUGUUUUUAAUCUGUUUCGCUUUGAAAACGUGCGAGCGGCACGACGCGGGUGCUUCCCAUUAUGCCAAAAUUUCCGGAAAUUUCAGGUCCAAAUGCAAAUGGAACGGUUUGGCCCAGGUAGAAAUUUUCCGCUCAAAGUGGUCCGCCUCCAGAGGUGGUCAUCUUGGACUGGUCGGUCCGGUCGGUCCGAGCGAAAAUUGCCGUUCCAUUUUCAGAAAUUUUCGUUUCCAGUUUUGCUCCAGCUCGUCACUACACACAGUUGUCAGAAUGGUGGAUGGUUCUGAUGUAGGAGUUUACGAGUGCAGUGUGUGCAAGCUUCAGACGCAAGACCUUAACUUUCUCCUUAUGCACAGUUGCACACAAGGCUUAGGCACAGUAGUGCAUCUUGAUUUGUUUUUUCUUCUGGGUUUAUCAGUUUUUAAAGACAAAUCAAUUCAAAGUGGACAGACUGCAAAUUAUAGUAGUUGCCAAAAAAUAUAUAUCUACGUGUCGCAACUGUUCAUUAGCAGGAUGCCUAAAAUGCGUGCAAUUCCACAAUUGGUUUCGGCUCCAUUAAAUCCUAAACCAACCGCAGAACAUUUUAGGAGGAGCCACCCACCAUGUGAGCACAGUCACGGACAACACAUAAUAUUUAUAAGUGAGGAAAAUAACGCAAAGUAAAAUUAAGACGUUAAUUAACGUACUAAAUGUACACGUCAAUUAAAUAAAUAAACAAAUAAUACGCGCGCUCAAAAUAAAAUUGUACGCGCGCACGUACCAAGAUACAACUGAAAUACAACCCUCAGACCUUGUUUACAUGGAGUGGGGGACCCCGGUCUAGUGGGGUAGGUUUCUUUUGUUUUGUUUCCCCCAGAGCGUGAAAACGAAAGAAACCAAUCCCACUAGACCGGGGUCCCCCACUCCAUGUAAACAGGCCCUAAGCAAUAAAUAAGUAUUAUAGCGGAGCUCCGGCGCGCGAAGCGCGCCAGCGGAGCACCAUGGGUAAUAAAAUUUGGUAAACCAUCCAUCCGAGAAAAUUUGGUUAUGACGUAGCGUACGCCCGUACACUCUUUGCGGGGCAGGGAAGGGAAUCAGGUGUCAUCCCGUCCGGGGGAGGAGUAUGUUAUAAAUCGCGCGAUGCAUUUGUGCAACCCACCUGUUUCUUGGCGGGAAAUCGCGCAAGAAAUGACGUGGCUGUCGUCGCGUUCAAAAACCUGUUUACUUCAACGGAACUACUUCAUUGCAUAAGGAUUUUGUGUUCGGAGAGCUCAGUUUCUAGUAAACUGUUUCGAAGAAAUUGUUAUGGCAACAAACAAUAGCGGAUUGGAUUCAAACUAUUUGCUUGUAAGUGAAAAGCGACGGGAAAGAGAAGAAGAGAAAGGCAUAGAGUAAGAAUUAACAGGCGCGCUAGCGAAGAGGAUUCAAGUGGAAAAUUUAUGCAGCAUCUGCGACUUGUUCACUCAAAGCACUGAUAGCUGAAGCUGACAGAGUUUUGAGUCAUCUUUUGAUGUUUUUACCUGUCUUUUUGCACUGGAUCUACAAAAUGAAAUACAGCAGCUAUCAACAUUCUUUUGUUAUUCUUGGCUGGCUUGUUUACUGGGUUAUGGUUGAGAAAUGCACCGCACGACAAAAAGAAAUCGGGAAUCAUCGUUUUCAAAAAUAAGCUACUCUUAGUAAGCUUACUUCGCCUUGCUGGACCAUGCGAAAAAUCUUAAGCGAUUGUGGCUUAUUUUUUUAAAAAUUCAUAUGAAAUAUGUUGUGUUUAUGUCACUAUGGCCCCGCACUAUUAAGAUUUUGAUUUCAAACUAACCUUGGACGAGAAAAUUCAGCCAGUUAUUUAGAAAUACAGGUGGGGAAGACCUUUUCUUGCCAAGGUCACGCGUUGGUCACGCUCUACGUCCAAUUUUUAUGCUCUGAUUGGUCAAAAUUUGACAGGUGAGUUCAUGCGGUAAAUUUAUGCAGCAUCUUGAAACUUGUUUACUGUGACAGCUGAAGCUGACAGAGUUUUGUGUCAACUUGUGAUGUUUUUAAUUGUCUUUUUCUACUGGAUGUACGAAAUGAUAUUCAGCUACUAUCAAGAGUCUUCUGUUAUUCAUGGCUAGUUUGUCUAUUGGGUUUUUGGUUGAGAAAUACGUCGCCUGUCAAAGUCGGAAAUCCGAUUUCGGAUGGCAUCGAUUCGUUUUCGUUUUUCACCUUGCUUGAUUGAAAAGUCUGAAGCGGUGUAGCUUCCAGGAGCUGCCUGAGUAAUUAUUGUAUUUGUGUUUGUUUUUUUCAUAUAUCUAAUUUCAUGAAGCCGAGCGCAGUUUAUGAGGCUAGAGUUUAUGCAUAUUUGAAUUAAGAUUUGAGAUAAUGAUCUGACCUAUAGUAUGAAGUUUGAUUUACGCUUGCAGAACUUUAAAAAGUCUUUAGUCGAUAUUUUCUCACCGCAAAUAGAAAGAAAAAAACGUUGCGUUUUUAUUUUGGCUGUAGAAAGAAAGCUUUGAGCAAUUUUCUCGCCUCGAGUUCAUCUUUGAAAACAGCAAACACCGAGAAGCCGGCUUUAAAACGUAAACUUAGGCCUUAAGCAUUAAGUCUCAGGAUUCUUAGAGACACUUCAAUACUUAAUUGUCUUCGUGAAUGAAAAUUGAUGUCUCUGUAAAUGUUUCACCGAAUUAUAUUUCUUUUAUUGAUUGUUAGUAGUCCCUCUUGCAAUUUGCCGUUAAUGUUUUCAGUUGCAGGAGAACUCAAAACGUCGCGCGUAUUAAACGCUUGUUAAGUUUACACAUAAUAAAUAAAAAAAACACACAAUAAAUUCUUUAUUAUGUUGAAGUGUAACUCUAUUAGUGUUCAUUCAAACACUCCACAGCUUGCAACUGGCUGGCCGUUAUAUAGGUGAUUUUGGAAAUUUUUUUAGCGGUUUCCCUAAAAGCCCACGCGUGCUUCGAUCGUCCUGAAUAUUGAGUGAGUGCAAUUUAUAUUUCAAAACUGUGAAAUACUGCAUUCUGUCUGAGGUCUGUAUGAUAAAAACAGCGCCUCAUAGUACUGUUUCACCUCAGACUGUCAGAUAAAAGGUUGGUUUACACGCCCCCAGAUUUGUUAGCAAGAUUUCGUAAAGCAAACUUGUCAAACGGAAAAAAAUUCUGCCGGAUUUGCUUUCCAAGUAUUUGUUUUCCAGGCCUAAUGUACUGUGAUCAAGAGCCAUUAUCGACGUUAAAUGUGAUCGUAGAUGAUUGCUAUUUUUUGGGUGUACAUAUAAAGGCCGUCAACUCGAUGUAAGGUUUGGUGCGCUCUUGGACUGUUAGCAAAUUAUUUUUCUCUCAAAUCACUUAGCCUUAAUCCUUCAAAACAAAAGUCACAUGAAUGUGCUCUAAAGUGAACUGAUUUGUGGAAUACAAGUUUAUUGUUUGAUUGAAAUUACACAUUUAUUAAUGGGAGCUUCGCUUUUGGCCCUGGCUAAAUCUAUAUAUUACAAUAACUAAGAUAGUACGCGCGCUCUGAUUGGCUGAGAGGCGUGUUUGCAUGAGAGUAUGUAAACAUGGUUGUGGCGUCAAUCAGUUUUGCUUUUCGCGCGCUAAUCACGCAAGCACGAAUUUGAAAAAGUUUUCAAGUUCAAAACUCGACAAGUUUACUUUAUUUACCCAUUCCUUCGUCGGCUGAAACUUGGAAAAACGUUACAAAGAAAGUGUGUGAAUUUUUUUUUCGCUAAAGCUGACAUUUUAAGCGAGAAAAAUGGGUAUUUUGCAAAGCAUCUUUUUGCAAAACAAGAAAUGAUUGCGCGUGCAAGACUUCGUGGACAAGAGUUUGCGAGUGGUAAGAAUUUCUCUUUUAAUCAUUGCCAUACAAAGAAUUUUGCGUUUUUCUUCGGGAAAUUUAUUUUAUAAAAGCAAUAGAAAACUUUUUUCCUGUGUUUGCAUAGCCUGAUAUAAACACUCGAGGCGUUGGGAGAAUUCUCGACAGUUAUGCAAACCCUCCACUUGGUCUUGGGUUUGCAUAACUAUCUCAAAUUUUCCCAACCCCUCUCGUGUUUAUAUCAGGCUAUGCAAACACGGAAAACGUUUUCUAUUGCUUAAAUGUAAGGAUGCGAUGGUGCAAUUCAAGCCUCGAUUGCUAAUCUCAUCUCCCGCAGGGCUGCACUAUACUUCUCGACGAUAAGACCAUGGCGACUGAAGAAUUUAUUAAAUGAUUUCUGAAGUAGAUUGUUUUCAAAGCCUUGCUGUUUGAGACGUAAUGAAAGUCCACGGAGUCUAUUUAUGAAGUCAACUUUGGACGUUCAAAUUCUAGCAUAUCUCACCAGUUGAGAUAUAUAAACACCGUAAGCUGGAUUGGUGGGAAUGUUGCUGUCCAUAUGAGGAAGUUGACAAUCCGAAAUGAAAAGGCCUCCCUCUUGUCGUAGAUGCUGAUACGGAAAGGUGUCUAUCGCCAGUCUUGAUAUUAGUGUCAAGAUAACACACUUCAGUAGAUGAUGUGGAAGUGUCCUUAAGUUCCACGACGGGUAAAUUGCGCUCAUGUAAUUUCCAAAGUCCACAUUGUUAACACUGAAUAAAUCGUCGAUGUACCGAAAGGUGUUGCUGAAUUGGAUGGCUCUUGUAAUAUCCUGUUUCAUUGUUUGAAUAUAUUACUGGCUUCUCCGAAUGUUGACGGUGUUUUCCCUCAUUUUUCUCUUAGCAGUAUGUGAUCCUAGCUCUUACGACAAUACUAAACAAUCAGUUCGGUCGGAGUUUUGGUUCCAACGCGUUCCAUUUUCCGUUAGUUAAUCCGAGUGGUCUCUGACCGGUUGGAAAGGUAUAAUGGAAAGCACCCGAGAUGAACAAUAGACCUAUUCGGCCAACUCAAUGUUGUACCCAAUUCAAAUCUCCCGGGGUUUAAGAUUCUUUGUGUAUUGUAUUUGCAAUAUAAUGUAGCAUUCACAUUUAAAUGAUAUGGAAAUUCCUGAAACAAAACGGUUUAUUCCCAAAGGGUUUGAAUUGGGUACAACACUGAAGCCCCGUGCAAACGGAUUCAACAUUGUUGGCCAACAACUCCCAACAUUGUUGGAUAUUACAUGUUGCGUCCGUUUGCACACCCUGUUUCAUGUUGUUGGAUGUUGUUGUGUGUUGUUGUGCAAAGUUUGAAACCGGUCAAACUUUUCAGCCAACAACUUCCAGCAUUUCUUUUGUUCCAUGAUCGCCGAAGCGUAGCGCAACAAUGUUGGAUCCGUUUGCACAGCUCCUCCAACAUUGUUGGGGCCACGCACGCUCAUUACGCAUGGUUUACAAAGACUUAUGGGUUGUAUCCUUCCUACGAUGCACUGCAGGUCCCAAAAUUGUUGGGAGUUGUUGCAUCCGUUUGCAGACCACUGCCAACACACACGCAACAACUCCCAACAUUGUUGCGCCAAUAAUGUUGGGAGUUGUUGCGUCCGUUUGAACGAAGCCUGAGUUAGCCGAAUUAGGUCUAUUUUUCUGAUGCAUUCAGCUGAAUUCCGAUUGGCUGAAUUGUUACGUUGCUAAGGAAAUUUCAUGCUUAAUUCCGUGUGGGUUACGUAAACACAAAUCACAGCCAUUUCUACGAAACGAAAGCAGUCUGUUCUCUGGAUAAAGGAUAAGCAAACGAUUAUUUCGCGUUUGGAGAAAGAGAAAAAGGAAAAAAUUUAGCACUCGAGUUUAAAAUCAGCAAGCAGCAGAUCUCAGAUAUACGCAAAAACAAAGAGAAGUUCGUGAAAUUCACCGACAGCGUCGAGACGAGCGAAGGAUUGAAACGAAAGUCCCUGACGGCUGCAAAUGAUGAGCAGCUGGAGAAAGCAAUAUUGACCCUAUCCAAAUAAUGCAGCUUCGACGAAUGAUGGACUUUGAAGUAUGCGAUCACGUUGUAGUUCGUUAAAACAAACUAGUAUGCUUGAACAUUUUAGAGUGCUGUAAAUGCGCGAACACUUGAAACAGUGCCUUUUUUUAUUUGUAAAUAACAAAAAUGCAAGUGGAGCUAAUUCACAGUGAAAUUUUUUGUCUUUAUUCCCUAUUUUUACAUUAUUGUCUCAUUAAUAUUCAUAUUUUCGAUUAUCCAGACUCUCGAUUUUCCGGACUGUUUACUCAAAUCCCAACGAUUCCGGAUAAUCGAGGUUUUUAGCUUUACUUUGAAUGUGGCAUAUUUUUCUCCCAUAUAAAUACCAAGAAAAUGGCUUCCACUGCUUGAUCUCAAAUUAUACUUUGAAGGGCGAAUCGCUCAAGCACGAUUCCAAUAGGACUUCCGAAGCAUUUCAUCUGCAACACACGUUCCGGGUUUGAUUGAUGUACUGAUAGCUUUCCACUCAACACCACUUCGCUGUAUCAGUCUUGAGCUCCGUUCGUGGGCGAGCGCAUUUUUCAGAAUCGCGGCGUUUGAACGUUUCCUUCCUCCCCUUCCUUCCCCUUCCAUCCUUCUUUGUCGCUUUUGUUCCUGCAGCUUUCACGUCGAACUCGCCCGCAAAUGCUUCUAUGCUGCGCAGGUUAAUUAGCAAUCAUUGAAUGAAGCUGAGUAGGAUAUGAUUAGAAGACUUAAGUAGAUCGAGGCUGAAGGCUGAGAUCUGUAUAAUUCUUCAAUAAUUGUUUUAUGCUUCAUUCAAAAUAUUUUUAAGGCUUGGUUCAGACGCCGUACCUUUCAUGUGCCGAACCUAAUUGAAUAAGUUCGACUUUGGAGCGACAUUGUUAAGUGCUGAUGUACUUAAUUGAUUAUGUUGUACCAGACAUUACACUAAUGUAGUUUUCGUGGCAAGCACUGAAUAAAUGUAGUUCUUGGACGACAUUUUCGAGUACUAUAAGUUCUCUUUGCAAAUUUAGUACCUGUACGAAUUGUCCCAGAAUAUUUGACCACUAAAUUGAUUGCUAGAUAACUAUGGCCGAGACAUUAAUAUGCUUCUUUACAAUCCUAAUAAAUUGCUUUCCUAAGAAAUCACCUUCAAUUCUUUUACGUGUAGAGCCACACUUGAAUUUCAGUGUUCUUAUUUUUAAACUGCUACUGAAGGACUACAUACAAAGACAGUCAGUUUUGUGUCGGGCAUUGACAAACAUGCAAAAAUAAAAUGGGCUACUUGAAAUUUUGAGAUGCCUACUUUUUCUUUAUAAUAAUGAACCUUAAUGUUUUGUACACACCUUUUAAAAUUGUAUUGGAGGUUGUCAAAGUGAAUUUAAAUGCAUGAAAAGAUCUGUAAUGUGUAGAUUAAGGGUCUCCACCACAUUUAAGGGUCACAGUUGUCUGUGACCGUCAAAAUGUAUUUUUAGAGUUACAUGCAUGGGGCGUGGUUCCACACGGGUGGUUAUGGGUGGCGGAGAUGUGAAUGGGUUACAAAAACAUAUAAACAUUAUUUUGUAAGAAGCUUAUAAUAAAGGCUUGAUCUCACACCAGAUGCUCCUGAUGUACCCAAGAAAGUUUCUGUCACUGAAAAGCAGCCUGUUGCAAAAACACAUGCUUUAGUCUCUGGAUUCUCAGAAGAGCUAUGUCCAGUUGAUGAAGGGACUAGAUACUCGUAGCGUUUCGGGCUCACUUCUGACCAACGCCUGGGACCAUGAUUCACCAUUUGGCGAGAACACAUAAACAAAAAAAAAAAAGAAACGCCUGCGUUUUUAGAGUCUCGCAGCUAAAGCAAGCUCGACUAAAAAGUGAACAGUAACAAAAAUGGGAUCCCUUCCAAGUUUUGCCCUUAAGUCUUGAUAAAAAUAUUCGCGAAUACCUAUCUGAACGUUAUGCUCUGAUAACAGCAAAACGUUUCUAUUUCUUCAGGUACAUUGUUUUCAGCGGGAUGGUCUGUGGAGGCUAUUUUGAGACUGUCAUAGACGGUCAUAGUCCUUAUUUACAGCACUUCACAUAUUUGAUUGUAGUUUUAUACACAUAAUCCCCGCAAUAGCAUGUUUUCUCCAUUUUGUUGCAACAGAAGAUUCUCUAAUGGUCCGGAGCUCCUUGGAGGACAUGACUGAGGACCAUGAAGGUAUCUUCGUAGAAAGCAUGCGUAGAAAUCAUUUCCGUCUAUUCUUAACCAAGUGUCGGUGAGGAGAAGCACGGGAGGCGCACGAUAGGGAAAAAUACUGACGGGGAGAGAAAUAAAACGCCGCCCGCUGAGCUUCUAUCCUAGGAAUACGCAACCUGAUAUAUGCCCAACAAAUGUCCGCCCCCGGGAGGAAUGGUCACGCCUAAAAUUGACUGAACCUUAAGUUUCAAAGAGAUAAUUAUUGUAACUAAAGCUUUUUUUUUCAGAGCCUUGUAUAGAAAUUGACAACAACCAAAGAACAAACUCUUACUACGACGAGCAGCUUGUUUCAGAAACGUCCCUUAGUAGUGACUGUGAAAUGAAAGCUGAUGCUGCAUCAGGAAAUCCAACUAGAAUAUCCACGAAUACAGACUCUCUGUCGCAAAAUAGCCGUAAGCGUAAAAUGUCAGAAUUCCCUUGUAAUCCAGGUAUGCAAAAACGUGAGUUGUUUUUCUUGCUAUUGCUCAAUAGUACACUACUAUACUGUAUCUAAAUGGGGGAAGUGAUUGUUAGAUUAUCCACAGGUACUUUUUCCUACAGGACUUGUUACCGUUUACACUCGUACUGUAGAAGUGUAUUAUUGAUGAUACUAAAACGUAUUUAACCCCGAUAUCAAUAGUCGCUUGAUAGUCGCCAUUUUUAUCAGCGGUUAUAAAAAAAAACAUUUUGAAUAAAUAAUAAAUACUUGUAAAUAGAUAAAUAUAUAAAAAAUUAAAAUAUAUCGACACUAGAAUUAUAAACAUUACUUUGGUUACUUAAACUGUGGAUACUGCAUAAAAACUACUGAAAACUAGCAAUAAAAUUACAUCUUAUUGCAUACAUUGUAAGAGUUUUUCUGGAAUGAAAAUGUCUUGAGUGCGUUCUUAAAAAUGACUAGUGGGGGGCUUCUCCAUAUCGCAAAAAGAAAUAAAUCCCAAACUUUGGGUGCAGCAAAGGCAAAAGAGCGAUCUCCUAACGUGGUUUAAGUCCUGAAUUCUAAACUAUGCCUUUAAAAAUAUGUUAGUGACAAAUGUAUGUGUGAACAGGUUUUCCAAUUUUGCUAAUAUUACCUUUCAUCGAAUUGCUAUAAACGUUGACAUUCUAUUCACAGUCAAGUAUACAGCUAUUAUUGUGAAUCUGUGCUAACGCCCCAACCAAGUUUCCUUGUGGGGGCUUGGAUGAAGUUUUUAAACCUCUUUGGUUAUGGUUGAUGCGCCUGAGUAGACAUUCAGUAAUGAUGAGUACCUUGACUGGAGCCGUCUCUUAAAAUCAGGUACUUCAAGUGAAGAGAGCAGAAUAUUUUUUUAGAAGCAUAUGCCCUCCAAGAUAGCUAGUCAUGAAAGUGCAUCUUCCCUGAGGAAGGAACCUCUCACAUAACAGUAAAAAUUAUAUUAACAACGUAAAUUUGUGUAAGUAGGUAGAUAAAUAAGUGUUAAGUUAUUGUGCAUACUGAAUGUUUUGUUAUAGUUUAAAAACGUUUAACUUUCCUGUUUUUGAUUUUCAGACUCUGUUCUUACUACUGCCUUUAUCGAAGUUAUAGUUUCUUCAAAUGCUCAAGAUUUAACUGUUGAACAGCAAAGAACGAUAACUAAAGAAUUAGAGCAGUUGGUUCAUAAGUAUCGAAGACAUCAAGAUCUUUCGUCAUUGCCAUUUCAUAGUAGUGUAGCCCGCCUUACUAAGUAUAUCGAAAAGGCUUAUGAAGUGGCCGUAAUGAUGGUAAAAACAGGAUCUUUGAUAAUAACUGUGCAGUGCCCCACUCUGGAGAGUCUUGAAAGUCUGUGGAAUGGUUACUGUUCUGGUUACCUUAAUGACGUUGUUGAGAGUUUCCUGGUGACUGAUGAACUCAAGAGAAAGCUGGGGUUGGACAAGGUCAGGUUGAAGACAACUAUAGAAGAAGAAAACUACUUAAUUUGUAAGAAAGCUUUCAUGGAAAACUCAGGUGAGUUGGGAAUUCUCAGUAGGGCUUUUUUGAGAACAUGUAUUUUGGCUUAAUAAGUUUUAUGGAACCAUUUUAUUUCUGUAUUCCUUAAGCAACUACGACGACGACGACAACGACAACGCAAAAAAAAAACAAUUGGUUUUAUGAACAAAACGACAAUCACGAUUUUUAGUACAUUUCUUUGACGUCCACUGCACGACUACGACGUGAAACCUCCCAAUGUGACGUUUUAUAGAGGACGAUUUUCCUUUCUCUACUUGAACAUGGAUAUUCAACUCCACGAGAAAUCGCCUACCUUUGACGAGUUAAGCUGUUCCAAAUAGACGCGAUAGAGUUUGAAAGGAUGCAAAUUCAUCUCUUUAGUCAUGUUUUCACUGCCGUCGUCGUCGAAGUUGCUUAAGGUCCCUAUUUUUGGGGGUUGGACUUGCGAACCGCGUCACGCAGUCACGCAGUCCAUCACAAGCACCACAUUAAGGCUUAACUGCAUCACGCAGUCACAUCAAUUGAUGGUUUUCACAGUGACGUCAUCAGAUUGCAAAGUCAAAAAUGCGAGGUUUUACGAAUUCUUAUUUACACUAGGUUGAAGAUAAAUGGAAAAUAAAUCUUUGUACAAGUUUCCAGCCCCGAAGCAUGUUUCAUUUCGAAAGUACAGCAAUUUGAACUUCCGAGUUUUCACAGUGCGUGACACCAAAAUAGGAAUGCUGUCUCAUUGAAAAAAGUCUCUCCUCUUCAUUUUCAGCUAGUUUAACCAUUUCAAGUAUUAAAAGAUGUGUUUAUGCGCACGUUUGCCAGCUCUAGAAUGAAAGGAAGAGCUUUUGUAGAAAAAGUGAACUCUAGAUGUUUUUGUUGAUUUCCGGCGGCCAUAUUGGUGGACAGUUUCUGUUCACCAAUAUGGCGUUUCCAUACAAAGUUCUACAAAGGUGCGUGAAAUGUUUCGACAAAUAACUCAGAAACUGGGCUACAAAGGCAUGAGAUUUGGACAAAUUGUUUAUAUAUUAGUCUUUUACAACAUUUCAUUUUGUUGACUUCUUCCACUGGACGGUUUCGAAUUUUUUUUUCCGUGUUUAUUGCGUGACAGUGAAAACGAAGAAUAGCAAGAAAUGUCUCGCUAAUGAAGCAACCAACCAGCCUAUGUCACUGAUAUUAGUAUUAUAAAGGAAAUAAUGGGAGAUGGGAGAACAUAAUGGGAGAUCUCCCAUUAUUUCCUUUGUAAUAAACAAAAUCUUCCAACAUUGAGUGAGUAUAUUAAUAUGCCUGAUGCCAUAUAUGAGUGCCAUUUGAAAAACACUAAAGCAUUCCCCAAGGGUUCACACUUAAAACAAGUUUUACAGGCCGUUGUAACUGGUAUUUUGUUGUUGGUGACACUAUUGUUUUUAUCACUAGGAGUAGCAAGUAUCACUGAAACUUCACGUCAAACAGUUGAUUCAGGUCAGGUAGAGGAUACAAGGUGGAGUGAAGAAAGCUCAGAUGUUGUAAAAGUAAAUGUAUUUCUUUUAGUUGUUGAGUAGAUUGUUUUGCUAAUCCGCAGCAGGAUUAGCUCAGUCGGUGGAGAAAUGAAGGUACUGCCUUUUCCCGCAAAUUGCUGUACCUCGGAUGACCAUGUAAAAUGGCGGUCCCGUCUCCAUUAAGAGACAAAAAUAGUGUCCCCAAUUAAUACUUUCGUGCCAAAUGCAUUGACAUUCAUAUGAAGCGCAAAUUGUUAUCAUAUUUGAUCAUUAGAACCUUUAUAAGCCACUCCUUUUGAAUUUCACACCACUUGACGCGACCAGCUUACUCAUGGCUGCCUUUUUCGUUUUAUCAUAUAUGAGGUUUAUAGGUACAUGUAUACCUACGUUUAAUUUGUUCUUGUACGUUUGUUAAUUUUUGCUCAGCAUAUCUUGUUAGCGCUUAUGAUGUGUCUAAAAUGUGGCUGUUCUUAGUUCUUCGUAUCCUAUGUUCUGCAUAUACACCCAAUCGCAAAAACGUUGUCAUAGCAAAAUGAAAACAUAGGCACGUUAAACGUGCAUGAGCUAUUUUGAAUGCUUCAGUGUAACUUUAAUGCUUCAGUGUAACCUUACCAAGAGUGAUGAAUCUACGUUUUUCGUCCUAAAUGUAUACUGGGUUUUUGUGCGAAAUUGAGCAUUGCUGUAAAUAAAUGAAAACGCGAAACGCUCAGCUGCGUCGAUCCUCAUGCUACUUUCCUCUGUCUUUCCCUGUUACAUUUCGUGCAAUUUAAACAAAUUGUUAAAGUAAAAUAUAUGUCUACUCACCAAACGUUGAUUAGAGGGAAAACUCUAAGGUUUCCUCGGAGUUUCUUACGCCAAAAUGUAACUCAUCGAAUUCGAGUAGUUACGAAAUACCAGGAUUUUUAUCAUUGUGGUAUAUGGUUGCAUCAUCACAAUUCACGAGGUUUUCACGUGCGAUUCUACUCAGUGAAACAGUGUCUAACUCUGACAACUUAUUUCUUCAUGUUUUAAAAGCUAUUGCUUCUUAACACAAGAGCCUUUUUUAAGGCAUUGGUUACAAAACAAAACAGGUCUUCAUACGUUCAAGUUACUAUUACUAUUGUGAAAAGCCAAUCUGCAUGAGAUGCACAGUCACACAACUGGCACGUGAAAGUGUUGGACUUUGCCCUCUUUUGUGGUUCGUACGUGAGGGAAUUCGAGUUAUCACAGAGUAAUCGAGUAAACAGAAUUAUAAAAAUAACUCAUGCACACAAUUUGCACGUGAAGAUGUUGGUCUUUGACCCUUUUACAAUUCGUACUUAAAAAAAAACGCAAAUUGUUUACUACAAAAUUUUCUCAAACGAUUUUAAGAAAUCACCUCGGCUUCAUUACAACAGCUGCAAUUAAAUUAUGUUUCCUGCAACGUCAAGGUUGAUAGCCUAACAAUUAUAAACUUCCAAGAAAAUUAUCAAACUGCCGAAAUAUAUUUCUGCUCAUAUCAUGUUACUCCACUCAAUAAAGCAGUACCUAAUUAUUGUGUCAACUAGCUUCUUCCAAUUUUAUUCCCUAACGCUACUGUUUCUACUUAAGUUUAUACGCAUCUUUCCUAAAUAAAAUACGUUUCAAUAACUAUAAUGCUUAGUAUGCAGGAAGGAUGUAUCAUGUUGUUCACUUAUUAUUCCUUUUUGUUGUUGUUUUGCCGGAACGAAAAAGGUCUGUUGAACUUUGUAAGCGAGAGAAUAAUAUUUCUACAGCUUGUUUACAGGAUUAACAAUACUCGGUACAGCUUUAAAAAAAAUAAGCUGCUUUUCAAACUUCUAAUACCACAUUUUAUAGGCCGCAUACUUUCGAAUUAAAGUCCAUAUCUAAAUAUCAAUUAUUGCUUCACUGGAAGAGCUUUGAAAAUAUAUGAUCGUUUAUACUCUACCUUGAAGCAGGUGAAACACAACUCAUAAAUACGUGCGUGGUACCGUUCGCGAUAGCCGAAUUCGGUCAGAAAUGUCUUGAAGUAGCAUCCACACUAAAAUAUGAACCCUUAAACAGCUGCAUCACUGUACACAGCGUUUGAAUCAUGAAGAUAUUUAAUAUAAUGUUUCCAAACACCUGUAGCCGUAAUAAAAGACGAACAAAUUGUAAAGAAUCAAGAUGGCGGUCUUAAAGUGCCCUUGUUCGACCUUUAGCAAUGUCAUUUUUAAGUAGAUGCCAAGAUCUCAUUGGUUCCUUAGCAUCAACUCAUAGUACCUUCAACCUUAUUGGCUCUUGCAACAAACAUCCGAACAUACAAAGUUACAAAGAUACAAAGCCACAAAGAUACAUACGCUCACACCACUGACAUAUGAGCUAUUUUUUCAAAAUAGCUCAAAAAGGAAAAAGCCAAAUAGCAAUUAGUUAGGCUAAUAAGCCUGACGAAUUGUUUUGCAGCACCCGCACAUGGACGCCGUAUUUACCUGUUGGAAUUUGCUAUUGUUUUGAAGCUGAAAAACGAUGAAAAAAUUCCAGCAGGGAAAUGCAGCGGCUGCAAAUGAAUCCACGCUGAGAAUGAGGACUAAUUAGCCUGAUUAAUUCCUAUUUGGCUUUUUCCUUUUUUUAAUUUUUUUAAGAGAACGUUAUUGCAAUUAGGUGUAUCCCUUAUAUUUUGGUGCUUUUACUGUUACUCUUAUCAGUAUAAUAAACUGGAUUGCUGGCGGCUCCCUCCAUUCAUCAUAGUGCUGUUUUGUCUCUUAAUACUUAUAACAGAGAUAUUUUCUAUUCGGCUGAGCGUAGCGAUAGAGAAUACAAGUAUAUUUUCUUUGGGGAGUGGUGAAACUGGCAAUAUAAUCAAGCAGUAUGUAACAAGGCAACCAAUUGUAGAUCAAAAAAUUUUUAUCAAGGAAUUAUAUAUAGGGUUUGGACCUUGUAUAUCACAAUAGUAACCUGAAGAUACUACUUAAAACGAAAGUGGUGAAUAGGGAGAGUUACUAAUUAGCUGUUAAUUAGGUGCAAGUAUAACAAACAAAUACCAGUAGUGACACAAUAAAUUAAUUUGUAUUUACUCGGACUGAUUUAUUGUCAUCCCAGGACAAGAAGCAGGCCCUGACACCUAUGGCCAGAGCUGAGAAGGCUAAAGUAAGUUCAGCGGGAACUUCAUCAUAAUGUAAUAAUAUUGGAGUGUGCGCGCGCGUUGUGUAUUCAAACAAAGCAAAACAAAUAUGAAAAAAACGUUACUCGGUGGAAGGAUUAAAGUGCCGUGGUUGUUGAUUAUUUGUGAAUGCGUAGGAAUAGGAAGAAAUGAUAUUUUUUCAGGAUACUCUGUACUCAGCCGUAAGAUACCCUACUAUAGACUGCGAGCAGUCUCUCUUUUUCUUCAGAUUUAGUGAGAGCAAUGGACGCGCGCGGGAGCGGCGAAGCCGCGAGACGCGCGAAACGAGGGCGGCACGCGCGUGGCCAUUUGCGUGUCUCGCGUUUUGCUCGAUGGACUACAGAAAAAAGAGAGACUGCUCGUAGUCUACUAAGAAAAAGGAAACAUUCAGCAAAACACGCUCGGUUUUCCUGUUUAUUGUCCAUUUUUAAUCGAACAUAUGCCAACUUAAGUCGUCCAGCCUAAUCACAGUUUGAUUGGGACUGGGGUCGAUUACUAAAUUUUUUUGUGAGAGUUUGAUUGAUUAAAGUAUCAUUGUUUUCUAAAACCAUAAGACAUCUUUGAAAAGGAAGGGUCGCUAGGUGGCUUUUAAUUAGUUGUAACUGUACGGUUGUAAACAAAGACGGGUUUCAUGAAAGUAGUUGCAUCUUCCCAAAUAACUUUCAAGAAGAGCCAUAACCCAUUAUAGCUCUUGCUUUCAACAAUUGCUGAGUUAUGUUUUGUAUGAUCAGCUUUAUGUAAGGUGUGUGAAUACACGAAGAUCCUGGAUGCCAUUUUUUGUCUGUAGAAGUGCUUCUUUUUAAAAUAUUGCAGAUCUGUUUGUGAAUAUAGUUUUUAAUCAUCCUAGGACAAGAAGCAGGUCCUGACCCAUAUGGAGAGAGCUGAGAAGGCAAAAGUAAGUUCAGUGAGAUAGGUAUUGUAGUGUGCGCUCGUUGUGCAUUUUACUUGAUGCAGGGUUGGAAAAUGCCAAAUUGGUAACUGCGUUUGAUUAAUGUGCAAGUCGUUACCACUUCGGAAAUUUUUGAGAGCCAGGAGUUUAUUUUGAGCUGCAGUGUCCCGAACCCGUAUACAGUAGGACGCCCUGGGGGACUUUAGCUCAGGUCUGAGUUAUUCAAGUUCAAGUUCAUGUUCAUUUAUUCACACUUAUUCAAUUACAAUACAACAACAAUAAGGAAAAUAAAGCAGUAAAAACUCAGCGAGCUAUACAUUGAAUUAAACAUAACAAAGGAAAAAGUGUGUAGCAGCCAAAGGAGCCAAGCUUUCGAGUUGGCUACUACAACAGAGUGGUUACAAGUGGGUGGGGGUUAUACAGUACUUAUAAAAAACUGCUUAAAUUAAAUAAUUAAAUAAAUAGAGCUAAAUAACAGAUUAGAGUUGUUCAAGAUGCCUGACUGUCAAGUAGAAAGAGUUCAUAUUCUUUUUUAAAACUAUUCGAGGGGAGACACUUAAUUUUCAUAGGUGUUGCUUCCCAGGUCUGUGAUGCCACUACACUGAACCUUGCUAGGCCAUAAUUAGUUCUGGAAAACGGUCUACACAGGUUUUGAUUAGUGGCGUACCUAGUAUUAUAAUUAUGGACAGCUGAAGCCGGUUGAACUAAGUCAUAGAGGGCAGGAGGUGUAUCUUUUUUUUGAUAUUGAAUUUUAUGCACAAGAGCGCCAAUUUUUAAUUUAAAGAUAUUCUCUAACUUUAAGAUUUCUAAUAGUGUAAAGUACGGUGUGGGACUUUCUCUUUUGUUUACAAAGAAGAUGCAACGAAUAAAGUUAUUUUGACUUACUUUGAUUUUAUUUAACUUAGUUUGGUAUGCGUAACCCCAGCUCAUUAAUCCAUUCGUUAGAUACGGAUAUAUGAGAGUAUAGUACAGUUGUUUGAGUGUACUUAUAGGCACAUAAUGUCCAAGCUUAGAUAAAAUUCCAAUGUUUUUGUUAUUUUGUUGUUAAUGUGCUGGAGCUGAGCAUCCCAUUUUAGAUGUUCAUCAAUGAAGACACCCAAAUAUUUAAUCUGGGACUUUUGCUCUCUAUUACAAGCUCUUAUUGUGACAUUUGUUUUCUUCUUAGGUGAAGUAAUUAUCAUGUAAUUAGUCUUCUUGAAGUUAAUGGACAGCAUAUUUGCUGCACAGAAUUUUAAGACCUUUCCAAGUUCUUCAUUGACAACUGAUUGUAACUGUUCUGGGUCUUUUGAAGAAUAAAACAUAUUUGUAUCAUCUGCAAAAAUCCUAAAAGUGAAUUUCUUCGAAGACCUGGGCAAAUCGUUAAUAUACAAUAGAGGUACACCACAUGUGAUGGUUUUCAGGCUAGAUUCUGUAUUACCAACUUUGACAUAUUGCUUACGAUUAGUUAUAUAGCUUGAAAACCAUGCAUGGGGGAGUCCUCGGAUGAGUUAUUAUCUUCAGUAUUCAUACACAUACAGAUAAUAUUGCGAAUGGACAGACAUUUACUAGUGAAUCCCGUUAAGGUUGUUAUGACAUAACAAAUAACCGAGUUGCAGACUUGUAGACUAUUGGAAUUGGCUGUUAUCAACUGGCGUGAUUUUAAGUGAUCCUUUCAGAAUUACUGUCUCGUUUCUCGAUAUCUUUUUAAUCAGGCGUCGAGAGGCACUCUACAUAAGGCUGCUAUCAGUGGAGAAUACGAGAUGGUCAAAAGACUUGUUGAGUGUGGCGAAGAUGUGGAUCAAAGAGAUCAGGUUUUAGUCUUCUCCAGUUUAUGUAAUUUUUGUGCGAAGCCGUAAGUCCGACUUCUCGCUUUCGCUUGGCUUGGGGAUUCUUACUUUCUUUUCUUGCCUUAGUAGACUACAAGUAGGCGCUUGUGUUGGGGUGUUGCGCCAGCUUUCGAGCUGGCAGGGUAAAUGAAGCAAGAAUUUGUAUAAAACUCUUAUCGCAUACCUUGCGUUUGUGAAUGAAUUCAUACCUGAUUGGCCGGUGAUGACAGACACCAUUAUUAAGACGGAUAACAUAACGGGAAAAUUCACCAAUUUCUUUGUUUUUUUUCCCGUACUUGGCAAUUGUUUCAGGAUACUCGGAUUUACUUUUAUUUACUAUGUAUGUAGAAAAUGGACACGAAAGCGUCAUAUUAUAGCUCACGAUGUUGUAAAUGGUUUUGACUGAUAAUGAAAUGAGAUCUUGCGCGAAUGUUUCCUUUAAGGCUGGUUUUCACUAGAAACGGAGUCGGAGUCGAAAUCAGGAGCGUAGAACUUUACCAUCAAGUGAAGUCAGCGUUGUGAUUCCGUUUACGACUCCGCCGCUUACGUUCAAGUGAAAACUAGAUCGUCGGAAUCGCAAGCAGAAGUACAAAAACUAAGCCAAUCAAAAAGCAUGGGAACGUGCAUUGUAAGUGUUUCAUCAUUCCUCUUCUGCUUCCGACUCCGACAGUCUGGUUUUUACUUCAUCGUAAGCGACGGAGUCAUAAGCGGAAUCGGAAGAAAAUGGAAACUUUCUGAUUCUCACGACUCCGAUUGCGUCGCUCUUGCCUCUCCGCUUACGAUUCCGACUCCGGCUUCGUCGCUAGUGAAAACCAGCCUUUAAUAGGACUAUUGUUGACACUGAGGGACAUUCCGACAUUCUCUGCAGUAGUCGUCAUCAAAAAACUCGUCUGAUUGCUUUCACAAAGGAAGACGACUUCCUUACAGGUUGUAGAAACAUCAGUUACUGUUACCAACAGUGCUAUCCAGGACUACAAUCACUCGGAUGAUCGUAAACUGUGAAGUUAUGGAGGAAAUGUUGCUAGACUAAUUACGUUCCCAACAUGAAAAUAAUGUUUAAGGCUAAGGCUAAGCACUGCAGGGAAUGAAAAGUUUUUUAUUUGUUUAGUGGUCGGUUUUUGUUUAUUUUCGUUUGUUUGUAGUUGUUGUCGUUGUUUACUUUUAUAGGAUAGUAACCUGAGGAUGUUCUGGACGGUAUUUUCCUCACGUAAAAGAAGCAAGUCUCUGAAUUUAAUAAAAGAAUUGGUCUAGACUACCAAUUUCUGCUGGAAAGUGACCUGCGACUUUGCAUUUGAGCUCAGUUAGAGUGUUCCUCUUAGACUGUUUCAUACAAACUAAAGAGGAUAAAGUAAAGACGCUUUGGUUUUAUUCUUAGCUUGGUCGUAAAAAUUAGUCCAAUAACAGCCUCUAAGUUUAUUUUGCAAGACCAUCGUUAUAAACGGGACUAGCUGGCAUCUUUCAACGCUAUCUAACCGCUUUGUUUUUUCCUAUAUUCGGUAGAUUUCUCAGACCCCUCUUCAUCUUGCCUGUUGGUAUGGACAGGAGUCAGUUGUUAAACUUUUGUUGAAACAUGGUGCGAACGUCAACGCUGAAGACAGGGUGAGUUAGUAAAUGUUUUAUAAAUCCAACAAUACAUUGCCGUGAGAACAUGAACGUCUUCAGUCACCGUAAUAGACCAAUUCCAAUAUAUUAAAAUUCAUACCUAGCUGCGAGGCUUGGGAGAAAACAAAACAAAUCAUCUUAAGGCUCAGCAAUGAAUGACACAUUUUUUUGUUUUAUUCCCCCAAGAAAUAUAUCGAAAAUGGUCUAUUUACUACAACUAGCAGACAACCACGGGACCGGGGGGUGGGGGGGGGGGAGGUAACUCAAUUGUUUUCCACCUAAGUUUCUUGACCCACUCCGCCUUCCAGUCUGACGUCACAUAGUAACGGGCAAGAGCCUCGGGUCGCUUGUGCAAAUUAGCAAGGGAUACGACAGUUAUUUGGAUGAGUGAGGUCGAAGAAAAGUUAAGAAGCUAGCAAAUAUCGCUAUAUAUCGCUUAUUGAUCGAAUGUGUGUGAGCUUUGGUGUUGCUAUAAUCUGCUUGUGUAAACCGUUUUGAUAUCUUGUGUCCAUGAUUGUAUAAUUUUGGUAAUUUGUUUUGCGGGCCGUGUUCCGGGAUCGCGAUCUAUUUCACGGGACCGACAAGGUCACCAAGACUUAAAUCUUUUUUUUCUCUAAAAUAGGCAAGGCCUAGUCUCCAGCAUAGGAGGUGCCAUUCACAGAUCACACAUGUUUUUGUUUCAUCUAUUCGUUUGCUAAUUAAACGGGCCUAGUUUCAUAUCAUUCCUUUCGAGUGUGGGCCUCCUGUUGAUCUCCUACUUCUCCACCAAAUUUAGUAAAGCUAGUUCGAUCGAUUAUCUACAUCGAGUCGGCCUGUUGAACCCGAAAUAAUGCGAAGUAGCUCUGAAAUACGUGCUUAAGCUAAUUUUCCUCAAAUGUAUAUUUGAACUUCAUGAUAAAAUACAGCUCCAAAAGCUUCAAAAAGCGUCUAUGGCAGAGAAAAAUUGUUUUGAUAUGACAAAAUUAAUUUAUCAAAUCAUGUGUGUCACUGUGUUGCAGUGGUCAAGGAGUUGCUUGCACGUGCAGAUAAACCGGGUUCGACUCCUGACCACACUGUUUUCCGUUUCUUUGUACCGUUUUUUCUUUUUUUCUGUUUGGUCUCUUUUUUUAACACUAUUUUUCCUUUUAGCCUUUUUUUCUUUAUUCUUACUGCUGACCCUGCUGGUCAUGCACUUGGAUCAAUAUAUAUUUUAAGCUUAAGUCCGGAGUUUUAUUUUGGAAAAGGGAUUUCAAAAGCUCUUGAUCUGGCCAGGCUUACGACCAGAAAAAAAAACAUAAGCUUUCAAGACAUGUCCCUUGUCUAAAACAGCUGAAUUUUUUUCAAUGUUAGUUGACAUCAUGACAAACAACACACAGUACACCACAAACUGUACUAAUUUACACCCAACACCCACCAGUGACCCACUGGCGAAAGUUAAACUUUCCUUUUGUACAUCUUCUUAAUCAUCAAUAUUAUUACCCUAAAAACUUAACUGGGUUUGCCCCAAAGGAUAAUUAAACGAAACCUUGUAUUGGUUUUAGGGAUUUAAUUACAGAAUUACAGGUGUAUGCCCAAUACAGUAUUAAAAUGCAGUAAUGCAACAAGAUUCAAUGCUCACAGGCUCUCACAAAUACCUGUCAUUUAACUUCCUCUUUCAACGCUACAGCUAAGCGAACUUUGAGAGGAAUGAUAUGUGGUUCCACUAGCUCUGAAGAGCUGAAAAUACGCACAAUGUAGAGUAUAAUAGAUCCUUUGAUGAACCUCUUAUUGCUGUGUCUAAACUCGUAAAUCUUGCUGUGCACUGGCCCUCAAAAGUGUGACCGGUCGGUAAGAUUGCCCGUAAAAUUUGCUCGACGAUAGAAAGGAUCUUUAAAAUUCGUUACACCACUGGACAUUUCAUUCCAAAAAAGUACUUAAGUCUAGUUUUCUAUGACAAUAGAAAUCUUAAAAUCUCCAAAAAAAUCCAAGAAAUCGGAACAGUAUAUCCGUGACAAAAUCGAAAUUUUUAUCCGUCUUUUCGAUGAACACUUUGCAAGCCAUUUUGAAAGUCACUGACACAAUACUUGACGUCACACUGGCAGGCGGGCUGUACCACAGAUUUCCUUGCAGACACCUCCCCCCCUCACGGGACCUCUACUUUUGUGAAUAUUAUGCACUUCCUUCAAGGAUUUUCAGAGGUCUUUUUACAAGAAUGGUCCAAGUACGUUUGCCAGACUGCUUUUGGGGAGGUAGUUCGCUAGACUGCAAAACAGUCCGUAUUUGUGCGUAUUCAAUUACGCGCGAGCAGUCAAACAAAAGGUCUGGAACAAGGCCGAAAACAGAGAGCACAAGCCCUACGGGCGUGUGAGGCACGCGCGCUUCGCGCGCGUAGGACUCUUACUGCAUGCUUUACCGAUUUCUUUACUGAUUUUGAGAGAAAAACCGACUCUUUUGCAGUCUAGUAGUUUGCAAGUAUUGAACAGAAGCAAUGAGCUAUGAAUGCCCCCUAAUGUGAUUGUGAAUUAGAGAUAGACCACCAAACCGAGCCGGGAACUACUUCCCUCACUCUGUGUUUUUUAGCGUCGCACAGAAUUUAAUAUAUGUGUGUGUAAGGGUUGUGAGACGAAGCUUAAGGUUUAUCGUCCUUAUCCGAGAAGACUAGCCGUUUUCUAAAAAAAAUGGUGGUAAGGCCUGAAAUCCAAUAUGCAGCAAAAACUAUGGUGAUGUCAUUGUCACGGGAUAUUUAUUCCGAUCGCCUAAAAAAAUAAAAUAUAUCGAUUUAGCCAGGGCUAAAAGCGAAGCUCUCGAUAAUAUUUAUACUUUGUUCAAACAAAAUAUAAAAUCGUGUAAUGCUAAGCGGCGAAGGCAACGCCAGAGAACGGUGAAAAACAACAAUAGGUCUAAUUAGCAAAAAAGCAACUUUGCAUGUGCAGCACACUUUUUUUGUACAUUUCUUUGCCGUUGUUUUACACGACUACAACGUGAAACUUCCAGAAACUUCUUAGUUACACGUUUUAUGGAGGAAAUUUCGUACGUGUUCUCGUUCACUUUUUUUUCACUGCCGCUCAUUUUCACCUUGCAUUGGUGGCCGCUUGCAUUUCCCAUAUUGUCACCGCCGCUACCAAAUCGCUACAAAAGCGAAAAAACUCGGCCAGUGAAGAGAGCGAGGGAGUCUGGGGAGGAUGAGGAUUACGAAGCUCCGCCGCCUUCUCCCCUCCCCAGUCCAUCUCUCUGCUCGCUUCGCUCGCCUAUUUCCUUCCUGUUUCAUCCCGUUUUUUGCCUUUUCCCCCCACUACGCAGCCUGUUCCCAGGCUAAUGUUAUGAUGGUUUUACAAUAAAGAUCAAUUUAAGUUCAAGAGACUCAAAGAUGGAAGGUGUACCGGCAAAAAAACUGGUUCCAGCCACCUUAAUGCAGGUUUCCUUGUGGUGAUCGCUACCUUAUGAAGACAUACCGUAAAUGACGCAAUAAACGCUCGGGGCGUCUUUUUAAUUUUAUGGGUCCAAGCGGGGGCAUUUAGUAUAUAGAAGGCGUUUAUUCUCAUAACUGUAACAAGCUCAACAAAACUUAUAUGCUUUCAGCGAAAAUAUCAAAAGAGUUUGAAAAUAGUGGAAUAUCCACUCCCAUGAUCGUUAGUCCAUCCUUACUUCAAACUUGACAUUGAACAAGAUGAAAUUCGCAAAGCCUCGUUAAUCAAGCAAGAAACUGAACAAUUUAAAUGAUUUUGUACUUUCUUGCUAAUCCCUAGUAUUUUGGAGUCAUUCUCAUAGGGGGCGUUUAUCAAGACAAGGGCGUCUAAUAUAAUUGUAAGAUCGUAGGGAGUGCCUCGUCUCCAGUCGUCUCUUAUCAUUUGUAGGCGGUCAUGGAACGGUCUCGGAAGACUAUUACGGCACUUCUGCCCCCGCGGGUAUCUUCAACGCGCAUCCCUCGUUAAUAUUUAAAAUUAGGCGACAAAAGAGACGACUGGGGACGAGUCGGACGUAGAAGAGGCGUUUAUUAGAUAAGAGGAGCUUAUUUGGAAGUGGACGUUUAUUUCGUCUUUUACGGUACCGGUAUUUAGAAUAUUCUCCUUGGUAAAUAGAAAGUGGUAAGAAAUACGUAUUACCGUACUUGUGAUGUUUUUAGUUUCAACGUACUCCUCUGCAAAAUGCUGAACGUCAAAAUCACCACUCCAUAGUGCAGUUGUUGCGGAAGAAUGAUGCCAGGCUAAGUCUUCAUCAACCGGUAAGAUAUCAGAUUGUAUGUCCUUCUUGCCAAACUUGUGUUUCAGAUGAAAUUCGCUUACAUUUGUUGUAUUCUUUGUUGAUAAUGUGGAACGUUACUGUAGGACCUAUUUGUUGACGUAUGAGCUUUUAUCGUAGCUUAUGCGGAGACCUUAUAUUUGUUUUUCUCUACACGAUCCCUCGGUUACGCCCAUCCGGUGAUCACAGUAUAGUGAAUCUUAUAUUAAAAGGACACUAUAUAUAUUAAGAGGUUGAGUGGCUAGUUUUUCUCAAACGUUUUUUUUUUACUGUGAGCUUACUGUAAAACAAACUUAUAAAUAGUGGACGCUAGCAAAUAUCGCGUGUGUCCGGUUAAUACCAGGUUCAUCGUUCAUUUUAGUUCUUAGUCAUUAAUGUCUAUGGUUCUGGCGUUUUGUGUUACACAAAUGGGCUCUUUAAAUGGUUUUGGAGACACUGGGGAAUUAUUGUACAAUCACACUAAUCGAUAGUUAGUUGCUUCUUGGAGCAUUUAACAAGCAAAAUUAAACUUGAAAAACGUUACUCGGCGUUUUGAUGUAUCAUACAUACAUCAUUCUCAAGAGUGAGAAAUGUUAAAUUUCAAAACACUGUUGUUUGGAAAGUGCAUCUCAACUUUAACUAUUAGACUUAAUCACUAGUUAAUUGAAGUCCCCAUCCCCGACCCCCGGGAUAGGCGGGGAAUUAACGCGUCAAUGCCGGGGAUUUAACGCGUAUUUAACAGCAUCUAGUCGCCGGGGGACGAAUAAUUUAACACCAACCUUCAAAUAGCCGGGCGUUUUAGCAGGGAUUUUAACAUUGCACUGGAAGUUACGUGUAGUUAGCAUUGCACUGCUGAUAAAGACUUGCUGAUAACAGACUACUAACGCUGAAGUAAAAAAUAAAGAACAGUCUGUACAGUACCGCAAAUGAUCCCCAACCGCAAAUGAUCCCGAGACCGCAAAUGAUCCCCAAAAAGUGAUUUUAUUAAUAAAUGAUCAGUUAAACCCUCUAGUGUGUCAUGUAUAGAGCAGAUUUUACAAUUUAUAGAUUGCUAGCAAGAUAUAAUCGUUCAAAUGAGCAAAAUCUGUCAUCCCUGAAAUUAACGCCUUAUAUCUUUUUUUAUUAGAAUUUCGCUCAAUACAUUUUUUUAAUUAUUAUUGAAUGAUUGAUUACGAACUACUUACACAACAUGUACAUUACCACAUCUAUAAUAUAUAGAUUUAGCCAGGGCUAAAAGCGAAGCUGCUAUUAAUGAAUUUAUAAUUUAAAUGAAACAAUAAACUUGUAAUCCACAAAUCAGUUAACUUUCGUAAGGGCACAUAUUUUGAGGGAAAGGCUAAGUGAUUCUAGAGUGAACCAAAUCCUGCAUCGAGUUGAUAGCCUUAUAUGUACCCCCCCCCAAUAAAGCAAUCAUCUUCGAUCAUAGUUAAGAGCCAUCAUGGCUCUUGAUCACAGUAGAUGAGGCCUAGAAUUGAAAACAAAUUCUUGGAAAACAAAUUAGGCCGAAUUUUUUUGCGUUCGACAAGUUUACUUUACAAAAUCUUGCCAACUAAUCUGGGUGCGUGUAAAACAACCUUUUACACUUUUUAUACAUCAUAUCGGAGGUGAAAGAGUACUAUGAGGCGCUGUUUUUAUCAUGCAGACCUCAGACAAAAUGCAGUAUUUCACAAUUUGUCUUGACAAAUUGCAUUUAUUUAAUAUUCAGGACCAUCGAAGCACGCGUGGGCUUUUAGCGAAACCGUUCAAAAAAUUUCCAAAAUCACCUAUACGGCCAGCCGGUUCUCUCUUUUGACAAGCGCCAUAUUUGUCGUGAACAUUAAAAGAGUCACGCUUCAACAUAAUAAAGAAUUUAUUGCAUUUAUUUUUUAUUUCAUGGUUUUAUAACGAUGUAAUCUUAAAAAGCGUUUGAUACGCGCGGCAUUUUGAGGACUCCUGUUAGCGAAGUUCAUGAACGACUGAAAACAAACGACAAAGCGAUUAAAAUUGCAAGACACUACUAACAAUCAGUAAAAGAAAUUUAAUUCGAUGAAACAUUUACAGAGACAACAAUUUUCAUUUACGAAAACAAGUAUUAAAGUGUCUCUAAGAAUCCUGAGUCUUUAAGCUUAAGGCUUAAUGCGUCAGUCAAUUCCAGCUGCGCCCACCCCUCCCCUCCGGCUGACCCCCGGGCAUUAGCAUUCUUUUUUCCUUGGAUGGCAAAUUCCCGGGGGUGGGAACUCUUGAGUUGUCAAAUCCUCCGGGGUGGGGACGAAAAAAGAGGGCAAAUGCCCCGUCCUCCGUCAACACUGCAACAUUUUUCAUUGAUUGCACAGUCGAGGAGUGCCAUUUUAAGCAUUUUAAUAUGCGAUAUUUUGUUUCAGUUAACGUCUUCCUUUGUAAUGGUGUUAUUCUAAUUAAGACUUCACGCCGUGACGACACCAGUGUAUGGUUUUGGUAUUGUUAUAAAAUUAUUGACAUAAAAAUUUAUAGUUCACUGUAAAGUUAACUGCUAUAAAUAGUUUUAUAAAUAUGAAAGAAUGUUCUUCAAAUAAUGUCAAGAGAAACUUGAUUCAAUAACCAAAAAAGCGUUGAUUCAUGUCGAUAGCUUCCGAGUUUCGCUAGUUAAUUCUGGCUUGAUAAGCAAUGAAGAAAUGCAUGCAUAAAAUCGAGAGCAUACCUUUACAAACCUCUUUAAUUUUUUCCCGUCUUUGACAAAUGAGCCAAUCUGCUUGUUUUUCCAGUAAAAUCCUGUGUGUAGUUAUAUUCUGAUAGGAAACCGCGUGCGUGUCAAAAGCUCGGGGUUGGCCCCUGGGUUGGCAAAUGCCCGGCCCCCGGGCAGCGCAAGAUUUGCAAAUGCCCCACCCCCGGGACUGACAGGGAGGGCAAAUGCCCCGCAGUAGCCUGGGGGGUGGAGGAGGGGCUGGGCGCAGCUGGAAUUGACUGAUGCAUAAGUUUAAGCUCAUGUUUCAAGCCGGAUUCCCGGUGUUUGCUGUAGUUUUAAAAGAUGAACUCGAGGCAAGAAAAUCGCUCAAAGCUUUCUUUCUACAGCCAAAAUUAUAACUAAAUAUUCGUCGGAACGUUUUUUCUUUCUAUUUGCGGUGAGAAAAUAUCGAUUAAAGGCUUUUUAAAGUUCUGUAAGCUUAUAUUAAACCUCAUACUAGGUCAGAUCAGUGUCUCAAAUCUUAAUACAAACGUGCAUAAAGUAGCCUCGUAAACUGCGCUCGACUUCAUGAAUUUAGAUGUAAAAAGAACAAACAAACACAAAUACAAUGAUUACUCAGGCUUACCAUUCGAGAUGCAGCUCCUGAAAGCUAUCAAGUAAGGCCAGAAUCGCUUGAGACUUUUCAACCCUCAUACUCAUCCAGCAAGGUGAAAAACGAAAACGAUGCCAUCCGUAAUCGGAUUUCCGACUUUGACAAGCGGCGCAUUUCUCAACCAAAAAUUCAAAAAACAAACCAGCCAUGAAUAACAGAAGACUCUUGAUAGCAGUUGUAUUUCAUUUUGGACAUCCAGUGGGAAAAGACAGUUAAAAACAUCACAAGUUGACACAAAACUCUGUCAGCCUCAGCUGUCAAAGUAAACAAGUUUCAAGAUGCUGUAUAAAUUUUCCGCAUGAACUCACCUGUCAAAUUUUGACCAAUCAAAGCAUAAAAAUUGGACGUCGAGCGUGACCAACGCGUGACUAUGGUGAGAAAAGUGAAGAGCAUCUGUCUUCCCUGCUUGCAAUUUUAAAUAACUGAGGUCGCGUCCACAACAUAUUUCAUAUGAUUUUUUUAAAAAAAAUUCUUGAGCCUGCGAUCAUUUGAAAACUAGUAACUUGCCAGCGGUAAACUUAAAAAAAUACUCGACCUGGAUGAAGUGUGAGAGUAAACAUUGGUAUGUCUGUGGUUCGGACGGACGGUCGGCGGGCGGUCGGUAUACGGGCACGUGAUUACCAAAUUUUCUGAGAUGGGUAGAUUUACUUACCAAUGGUGCUCUGCUGGCAUGCGCGAGAGAGCUCCGCUAUCAAUAAAGAACUACUACAGAUACAUAAAAGACACUACCUACGUAUGAUACUAAUGCAGUACAACCAGAAACUCAUAAGAGGUUUCUGAUACAACACAAUUUAGGUACUACCAUAGACUUUCUCAAAGACCUUGGCUUCUCAUUUCCGGUUCCGGUAGUUGGCCCCAGCGCGAAGGACUUUUAUCCCCUGCAGCGCGCCAGAUUUACAGAAGGAAUUUUCCUCCUGUAGGUUUUAUCCAAUCACAAACGAUUUACUGAUGCGCCGUCAAUCAAACCCGAUCACGCCACAUGAAACGUGAGUUGCAGUCUUGCACUGUUAACUGUGUUUUUUUUUUUUGCGGUCUGUUUUUCGAUUUCGUUUUAUCGCCUGUAUUCAAAUACAAAGCUUUAGUAGGCGUUUUAUCUUCCUCUAUUUGAGUACUUUAUCAAGGUCGAAGUUUCCUGGCAACCACGGAGCGAAAAAACAUUACCAACUUGUCUUGUUUUAAGCGCGCGCACUACAAAGUUUUUGUUUUUUUAUGUUUUGUUCCAUGGGGUAUGCAAACCUAUCAACGUGCCCGAAACGUCUGCAGACUGAACUCACAAAUAUCACAGACGGCACUUUUGUUCAUUACCCGUUUUUUGUAUUGAACAUUCCUUUAUUUACUUUAUUAACUUUCUCUUAUCGGAAUUUUUUUCCGUUAUUUGUUUGUUUUGAGAUACUUUGACAGCUCGCGACGACACACGCAACAGGGACGCAAAUAGUUCGCGCCAAAAUGACGUCACUUGAUGCGAUUUUUUGUAGGGGAAACAAGUCGAGCUCUCACUCUCUCGCUCGCUUUUGCCUGAGAAAACAUAAAAAAUCUAACGCUCGCACUUCGCGCUCGUGAAAAAAUUUGAGCUCGAAUUAAGUUCUUUUCACAAAAAUUGAAUCUUCUCAGGUCUUUGUAUUUCUUACCAAUUAAAGCGAGAGCUGAUUUUUAUUUCAAAGUGUUUUUGCCAUCAGUUACCUAUGGGUUGGUUGUACGGGGUUCCUGCGGCAAAUCGCUCUUUGAUGAGCUGGAGAAGAUACAUGUACGUGCCGCAAAGAUCAUCUAUGGCCUGGAUUAGUACACACCCAGCGAUCAGGUCUUAGCCCAAAGCAAGUGGCCCACUGUUAAAGAUUUAUACGAAUAUAGAUGACUUAUGUUAGCACACGACUGUUUUUGUAACUUUUUACCUGUUCCUUUUAUGAAGCUGUUUACGAAAUAUGAGUGCAAUUAUAACCUGCGAAGGAAAUUGACCCUUUUGUUGCCAAAACCAAACACUGAAGGUCUUCGCAAGUUCACUUGUUACAAAGCCGAAUCUCUGUGGAAUUCGCGUGCAAUCUCAAGCAAAAGCGUACCGUAUUUAUUCGAUUAACCGCCCUGGGCGCUUAUUAAAUUUUUGGACCUUGAGAGUGGGCGCUUAUUCGAGGUGGGCGCUUAUUCGAGGCUGGGCGCUUAUUAAAUUUUCACCAUUUUCAGCAAGUGAAGUAAGUCUAUUUUGCAACAAAACAAUAAAUGCUAAUAACAAAACGCGAAGAAGUAACAAAGCAAGGUUAACUGUAAAAUACUCUGAAGAAAACUCUGUCCUCGGGGAAGUCUCUUAUUAGAAUUUAUUCACUCAAGUGGGUGGGGUGGGGGUGAGCGCUUAUUUGAGUUUGAUUGGGAGGAGGAGGGGGUGGGCGCUUACUCGAGGCUGGGCGCUUAUUAACUUUUUCUGCCUUUAGGAUGGGCGCUUAUUCGAGGUGGGCGCUAAUUCGAGGUUGGGCGCUUAUUCGAAUAAAUACGGUAUUUGAAAACUCUCUUAAACGCAGAACUUCAUGCUAAUAGUUUAGUUUGAAGAUAUAUUUCUUUCAAAUGGGUUAGAUCUUUUUCUAUAUAUAUAUAUUUUUUUAAUUAGUUUUUAAGCUUUUUAUUCAUUUGUAAACAGUGUUCAAUUUUUAAAUACACGACCAAAUCAGCUCCGCUGUAACUUUAUCGAGUUUAAAUAAAUGUUGUUGUUGUUGUCUUAGUGUAGAGUGCGCUUGUCGCGCAUUUAAACAAAGCAAACCAUUUAUGAAAAACGUCAUUUGGUGAAAGGAUUGGAAUUGUUAUAUAGGUAACGGCUGGCACGAAUCAAACUCAUCACGACGCAGGUUUAUUGUCAGAUCUUUAUAUUACUUUACACAGUUUCGAUGCCUCUUUUCAGUGCAUGGGAUGCCCUGGAAUACUCUUCCUCAAUACAAAUAAACAUAAUUAAAAUGCUCGAAUGAAGACAAAACCACUUUUGUUUGCUAAGGAUUCUGUGUUUGGUUAUAGGGUAUUGCCUGUCAAUUUGUUAUUCUUAUCCUGUGAGUCCAGGAUGAGAUUGGGGAGAAGCCGGGAUUACAUAGUUAUAAUGAAGGGGUUUCUGCGGUAGCACAAAGUAAUGUGAAUAAGUGAGCGUAAAGCUACGUGAAAAGGGACGCAACAACUCCCAACAUUGUUGGGUCAACAAUGUUUGGAAUUGUUACGUCCGUGUUGGAAGUAGUAUGCAAACGGACGCAAAAUGUAACAUCCAACAAUGUUGGGAGUUUUUGACCGUUUGCACGGGGCCGAAAGGUUGCAGACUGAUAAAACUGGCUUUUAUCAACUUGAUUAUCAGUAUGCCUGAUAUGAUUACAGUUUGGUUGAAGGAUGUUAUUUUUUUAUAGGCGUCGAAAGGUUCCCUGCACAGGGCUGCUGUAAGUGGACAACACGAGACGGUCAAAGAGCUUCUUGAGAGUGGUGAAGAUGUGUAUCAAAGUGACGAGGUAUUAGUCUUCUUUAGGUUAUGUAAAUCUAAUGUUUUGCCCGACCUCUCGCGUUCCAUUUACUUGCGGAUUCUUUUUGUUCAUAGUGAAUAACAAAAUUGGGCGAACGGUUUGAAACGCCCUUAAAUAAUAGUCCACUGAUCAAAUUAAGGGAAUUUGAAAUGUCUUGGCAACAAGAGUUGCACAGAGGGAUGUUAUUCUCAUGAGGCGAGUAAUUAAGGGAAAAACAGGAAUUCGCCAGUCAGAUUGUGUGAGCGAUAAUUCGUUAAAUUCAAGUUAAAAUCUCCUACUUUUUUUACUAAACUUGUUUUCUCUAGUUAUUUUAGCCAAAAUUGUACUAAAAUAUCGGCGGCUGCAGUGAGACUACCCAGUCUUUUGGAAACAUAUAAUUUGCUGUGUCAUGCAAUGCAUUUUCUAGAACUACAUCGUUGACAUUCUUUUAUACCCUACGUUAAGAUAGCCCCAUCAAAUGAUGCUUAAACUGUGGAAUCUCGCGGACUGCAUUCAAUGGCUAUAUUCAUUCGUUAGUGAGACGGGAAAAGACGGGUCGCAAGAUUAUCGUGCGCCCGCCUAAUUCGCUUGCUCUUACUAGUUUACCUUGAGAGAGCCUGAAGAGACCACUCCUAGUCAGUUUGAGGAUUAUUUGAAUGAAGGUUUUUAAAUGGCACAAUCCGACUAUAUGGAAAGAUUGCAGGCAUAUCUUUAGCGCUUCCAAAGCUAAGAUGUCAUGAGGCAAUAAGCUAUGUAAUUAUUUUUUGUUGUGUGCAGCGUAGUGUAUAUGCCACUUAAUCCUGGUUUUUGUUUCAUUAAAAUUUCAAAAGCUAUAGCGUAUACUCAAUGGUACAUCAAGUCACGUUCUACCAGCCAAACGCAACUAGUUUUUAUUGCUUCCUGCAGAUGAGCCCGUUACCGCGUCCUGAUCGGAGACCUUCUCAUUCUGGCUCAGAAUCACCAAAGGAGCGCGAAGAGGAAAGCCAGGUAGGUUAGGCUCGGUUCAAACGUCGAAUUUCACAUGUGCCGAACUUAAUAGCGAGAGUUAAAUUCAUGUGAAGUGCGACUGUCUAUAUUAAAUGCGACGUUUGCCGUAUCUGCGACUGAAACAGUCGAAGAUUAGACUUAGGUUCGACUUUUGAUUCAAACGUCGCAUUUCACCGACCCGAGCCGAGCUUAAUGCAUGAAUUUUAGAAAAUUAUUAUUACAUUACUGGGAAUAUUGACGGCGAACAGAGUUAAAUUCGACGUUUGAAUCAAAUGCCGUAUUUAACUAUUUCAGUCGACUCAAAUAGGAAUUAAGUUUGACCCUUGUGAAAUUCGACGUUUGAACUGGGCCUUAAGAACGUUUUUGAAGGUUGUACUGUUGUAAACUAUGUAACUGUUACCAUGUGUAUGUUACAAAGAGUGUGCUUCUAGAUUCGCUCGUAUAAAGGGGAACUAUUAUUAUAUGUCAAGUAUGUCUAAUGCCGUCACUGAAAACCUCUUGUCGGUAAGAUUUGGUGAGAAUGUUUUUACCUCUUGCUUAAAGAAUAAUUAAUAUGCUUUUGAUAAUUAAAACGUUGUAGUCCCCGUGGGACACCGAUCUAUGAACAGUUUAUAAGGCAAAAUUUUGGCUGUGCUACAUCUUUAAAAACGCUCAUAUUUCGUCUUUUUUAGAGGCGAUUUAGAUGAAACUUUACAGAGACAUUGUGGAAUGAUGGAAGUUUAGAGUGGGUGUUUUUUUAUUCGCUAGUUCGCGCCUUAAGGCAAUGCUUUAAGCUAGAGUUACACCAAACUGGAAAAUUGUGAUUUUGUGUCCAAGUUUGCGUAAAGAAUAGAAGACAGCACUCUGAGAUUUUAUUAAUAAAUGAUCAGUCAAACCCUCUAGUGUGUCAAGUAUAGAACAGAUUUUACAAUUUAAAGAUUGCUUGCAAGAUAUAAUCGUUUAAUUGAGCAAAAUCUCUCAUUCCUGAAAUUAACGCCUGAUAUCUCUUUAUAAAAGCACUCUUUUAGAAUUCCGCUCUAUAUAUUUUUUCCUUAUUAUUGAAUGAUUGAUUACGAACUACUUAAAUAACAUAUACAUUACCACAUCUAUAUCAAUAAAGAACUACUACAAAUACACAAAAGACACUACCUACAUAUAGUACUAAUGCAACUAUUACUACUAUUACAAACACAAGAAGCAAGAUGUAUUUUAUUCCCACCACCACGGCAGAAUAACUGAGAUUUUUUCCAUUUACAUUCUCAGUCGGCUGCUUUGUUAUUUUGUUUCUUUUCUGACUGGUGAACAUGACUGACUUUAUUUUAAAAAAAUUGCAAAGGAAGGAUAAGUACAUUAAUUACGGCAUUGAUAAAAUAUGUCGCUUAGUUACGACUAACAUGUGAUUAAUAAACAAGUAGUAUUCUUUCUUUUUCCAAAAUCCAAAAGUAUGUCGCUGUUUGAAAGGUCCCUUAAGAUUAUGUUCAGUUUAUUACAUCAACAUAUAAUGAACAAGCCGCUACGGAGCGUACACUUCGGCGUCGUGGUUGUGGAACUGAUUAAUUGUAAAUGCGGAGGAAUAGUAAGAAAUGAAAUAUGGUAAGAGUAAGGUGUUAAUUUGUGAAAUUAUGGGAUUUGUCAGGAUAUUCUGAAAAGAGCAACAUCCAAGAGGCUUCUUGCCAAAAACUAGCAUUUCGGGACAAAUUGUCUCUGAGAUAUUAGCCCAGUUAUGCUCUGAUGACUCCAUACAUAUCUUUCUAAAUUUGACUUGGGUCUAAACGUUUAGACCUAAGUCAAAUAUGAGGUUACUGGCGGUGAAUAACAAGUCUAACAAAACAAACAGUGAAAAAAGAAUUCUCUAUUUUUCUUAGUCACAUCAGGCUUCAAAAACAGCAUAGCAGUCUCAUGUACUGAUUAAAGAUAUGUAAGGCAUGGGUAAGGAGUCAAUUACGUUGAGCAUGGAAUUGGCUGUUACGAGUUCGAAUGUUUUGAGGAUAAUUAUUAACUGACUAUCAGCACGCAGGAAUGUCGGAUUAACACAAGGGAGUUUAAUACCAAAGGAACAUAGCCUUUUCAGAGCUUUAAAACACAGCAUCCGCCAACACAAACUUGACUUGAACGUAAGUACAAUUGAACAGCCUCUACCAAUAAUAACAAACUCUCACUUGAACUUCAGAUAUCUUAAGGCUUCCGCCAACUUGUAAACACAGAACUUGAAAAUCGACCUUCGUCACACUUGACUAAACACAGCAGUCCAGCUAGUGAGAAAAAAAACUUAGUUCGUCAAAAGACCUCUCUUGGAACUUGUAUACCGUUUGACAUAAGGUUCUAGAAAAUACCUAACGGGCGAAUAGUAGUAGCUUUUCGACAUAUUUUAUGAUUUCAGUAACUGAUGCAAAUCUGCUGACUCAUGCUGAAAUGUAAACAUGCCCUAAUUAAUUAUUCAUGAAUAAUCCAAAAAAGUAGAGAACGUUCGAGAAAGUCACGCAACACAUGAAAGCAAUUUUCCUACGUAACACUGAACAAAGACAAAAUGUCUUUGUGUAGCAUUUUGUAACUUUAAAUUCAUCAUGAAGUAGUUCGAAAGGAGGGCUCACUCGUGAAAUGUUUUUAAACACUCGAAGAGAAAUUUCGCGUCUCGGCGAGGCCACGUAAUAUCCUCUAUUUAUUCCUCGAGUAAAUUACAGACUAAACUCGAAGUGAUCUCAAGAUAUCACAAAGUAGUCCGGUUUCAUUUCGUGAAAUAGCCGAAACAAGCCGAAAAGUCGCGAACUUGCACGCCCAAUCUUGUCCCGAAACUACAGUGGAACCCCGUUAAUACGACCACCUUCGGGCCAUGGAAAUUUGGUCGUAUUAAUGGGGUAGGGUCAAAUUAUGGUGCAAAAUGCUUUUAAACUACAUUCUACUACAUGUAUACCUUUAAUUCGUUAUAAAUCAACCUUUUUGCAGUUAAUUAACAACCUUGCAACCGCAAUUCAAUGCAACUGAACAAUGUAACAGUAAACGAAACCGAGUUAUGAGAAAAAACACUGACUUCUUUCAGUUCCUUGUUAUGAAAGGAAAGGGCUUGUGAUUUGUCUCGAAGAGCCGUUUUCUAUAUUGUAGCUUACAACACUUUCACAAUUAUUACAAAGUUCAAAGUUCUGGGAGAAAAGAAAAGGAAUUGGACUUGAAGAAAAAAGCCACAAACCGGAUGUCAUACUAACCACUAGCACCUUUGCCUAAAAACAUUCAAUUAAAUAUUAGUAAUGGGUUAUUGUUUGUCAGAUUGUGUCUAUUUUCAUUCAGCAGCCUCACCAAGCAUUUUGACUGGUCGUAUUAACGGGGUAAUUUUAUAAAGAAAAUAACGACUCAGGACCCCCAAAGGUGGUCGUUGGUCGUAAUAACGGGGUUGUUGGAUUAACGGGGUUUUCAGAUAAGAAAAUGAGUGGGCUUUUGUUCGGGCCACAAAAAAGAGGUCGCAAUAACGGGGUGGUCGUAUUAAUGGGGUGGUCGUAUGGCGGGGUUCCCCUGUAGUGCAAAAAUUUCAUAACAAUUUUUCAUAUCCCGAACUACCUUGGGUCGCAGUAGCGCAAUCGGCUAAUCCCUCAACUAAGAGUCUCCUCUGACCUGACGGGUCACACAGGUGAGUCGGUUCAAACCCCGGGGAAGCCAAAAUAAUAAUUCUUUCUUCCUUGAAAGAGUUAAAGAAAUCGAAGUGAUCUCGAGAUAUCUCGAACUAAUUCGGCUCUCAAUUCGUCGAACAGCCGAAUAAAACCGAAAACCUGCAGACUUUGCAUGCCCAAUCUUGUCAAAAAAUGGUAACUUUGAUACAUUCCUGAGUGUCGCGAAUCCUUUACUUCGCGCUCCGCCGAAGUAACAAGACGCUAUCGAAGCGUACACUUGGGCGUCGUUGUUUGGGGGAUUUUUUGGUGUGUCAGGCACGUGUGAGGGCCGUAGUGUUGUUAAUCGGGUUAGUUGAGAUGGGUUGAAAUAGAGACGUGGAGUCAUAGUGUACCUUUCUUGGUAUGUAAAUACAGUCGAACCUCCACUAAAGGAAAAUGUUUCUAUUUUCAAUACUGUAAGAGAUGGUUGCAUCGCUAUCAUAAUGGCUCAGUCAAUUCUAAGCGUGUCCCUUCCCCCAAAGGCAUCACUCAAGUGCUGGCAUCUCCUUUGGCUCUCGACAUCUGAGCUAGAGCAAACAAACCCUCGUCUAUAUCCUUAACCAUCAAUUUCAAUCACUCUUGCGAGAUUUACCUGCAAUUAUCGGAAGAAAUCGCUCCGUUUCUAUGUAAAAAACAACCUUCCUCCAAACUGUAAAGUAUUCCUGUGUACGUGUUGCUCUAAAAUGUCGAAAAUGCUUCGCUAUAAUUUCGACUUAAGUUAAACUUAUCGAAAAAACAGUUCUAAAACAGUAACAAUUCUUAACAAAGGGGAAAUUUUGGAGCACAAUAUAGUUCCAGUUUUUGUGUUUUUCCUUUAUUUUAUUAUUACUUGGGCGGUGCGCCAAGUAAAGGAUUCGCAACGCUCAGGAAAGUUCCAAAGUUGCUUUUUUGUGGACAAGCUUGGGCACGCAAAGUCCAUAGGUUUUCGUUUUGAGUCGGCUUUUUAACGAAGUGAGAGUCGAACAAGUUCAAGAUAUCUCGAGAUCACUUCGAGUUCUUUGAUUUAUUCUUUUACUUAUUCGAGGAAUUAAAAAGAAGCGACUUUUUAAAACAUUUAGGUAUGAAUAAUUGCGUAAAAACGUUUCUUUAAAACAGUUAAGAAAUUUUUGAAAAGUUAAAAAGUAUAUACGACGCUUAGACUUUGUCGGACGUCAUUAUCAUUUACCAAAAAAUGACAGAAUUAAUGUUCUAUAAAUAGAAGAAAAACAAUAGUUUAAAAAGAAAAGUAACACAUAAAGAUAUGUUACAAGUUAAACAAAGAGCUUAGCACUAUCACGUAACUAACUAACAUCAGUACACUACAUUACAAAACUAGCUGAAAAUGCACAAUCUCCACACCGCAGAUAAUUCAUGUACAACAUCGCAACAUAAAUUAGAAAUACGUAUCUCGCAAUAACCCUCGAGAAACACGGUAUCUUAGUAGCGCCACUCAAGUUAAGCCAUGUCAGGCGGGGUUAAGAACUGGAUAGGUAACCCACCGCGAACAUUGUCGUGAAGGUCCCUACUUUAUUCUUUCUUUUCUUUUUCUUCUUUUUUGCCUAUUGUGUGGUGUUAUUUUUGAAAGUGUAUUGAAAAGCAUAUGUAUCAUUAUUUCGACCGCUGGAUUUAGAAAAAAAAAAAACACGGCAGUACAGUUCUCGGGUCGUAGUAUAGAACUGAAACUUUGAUCUAUCGGCGGGGAAUUUAAAGGGGAAACUAAUAAAUUUGGGUUUUUCACGAUGUAAAACGAAUUCCAAGCUAGAUUUCAGGGGGAAAAGACAGGAUUUCGACGGUAAAAGCCAAACUGAAACGCACUUUGGAAAAACAUAACAGGACAUAAGCAAAUUCGUCUAAGAAGUGAGACGCAUUGAAAAUUGCUCUUGUAUCUCGAUUUUCGCACGUAUUUUGAAGCUACUAGCCCAAACUGCUCAAAUGUUUUCUGUAAAAUAUUUUGGCAUUCAAUAUUUCCAUCCAGAAUAAUACAUCAAAAUCAAUCAAAAAACGCGAAGAUAUCUCGAGCUAAUUCCGAAGCAAUUUCGGGACAUCUAAAUUUACAAAAAAGUGACUGAACAGUGUGCGAAAGCCGGCAAACACCUUGGCUUUGUGCACCACACAAAGUGUGGCUUUGUGCACCACAAAGUGCACUCGCCCUACGGGCUCGUGCACUUUUGUUGGUCUUUGAAAAAUUUACUCGUGCUUGUUUAUUCCAAAUUGCACUUGAAAAAAAAGUAUAGGUAAUCAAAUGAUUUCAAAUCAUGUGGUUACCUAUACUAACAGAAAUAUUUUUCUGUUCGGCUGAGCGUAGCGAUAGAGAAUAGAAGUAUAUUUUCUUUGGGGAGUGCUGAAACUGGCGAUAUAAUCAAGCAGGAAUGUAACGAGGCAGCCAAUUGUAAAUCAAAGACUUUUUACCAAGGAAUUUUAUAUAGGUUUUGGACCUUGUAUUUCAUAAUAGUAACCUGAAGAAGGGCCAUGUUAGAUACCACUUAAAACAAAAUGCUGAAUAGGGAGAGUUGCUAGUUAGCUCUAAAUUGGGUGGAAGUUUUAUACCAAAUAAAUACCAGUAGUCGCACAAUAAGUCAAUUUCUAUUUAUUCAUUUAUCUAUUGCUGAAGAUAGCCUCACCUAAUGAUUCUUAUACUGUGGGAUCUAAUAGGCUGCAUUCAAUGGUUAUAUUCAUUGGUUCGUGAAACAGGAAAAGACGGGUUGCAAGUUUCUUAUGCUCUAGUUUAACUUGAGAGAGCCCGAAGGGACUAAUCUCAGUCAAUAUUUUGAGAACGUUUAUAAAUAGCACAAUCCGACUAUAUUAUCGAAAAGUUGUUGGCAUAUCUUUAACGCUUCCAAAGCCGGAUAAUGUUAUGGGAUAAUCAGCCAUGCAAUUAUUCUUGUUGUAUGCUGUGCAGUGAAUAUGCCACUUUGUCCUGGUUUUUGUUUCAUUAAACUUUCAGAGGCUAGGGCGCAUAGUCAGUGGUAACUUCAAGUCACGUUCUACCAGCCGAACGCAUCUUGUUUUCAUUACAUCCUCAGAUCGUCUCGUUGCCACGUCCCGAUCAGAGACCUUCUGAUUCUGGCUCAGAAUCACCAAAAGAGGGCGAAGAAGAAAGCGAGGUAAGUUAAGAACGUUUGAGAAGGUUGUACUGUUGUAAACUAUGUAACUGUUACCAUGUGUCUGUUAUAAAGAGUGUGCUACUAGAUUCUCUAGUGGAACUUUGAACUCUCGUGGAGUUCAAAGUGGAAAUAAUAUUAUAUCUUAAGUAUGUCUAAUGCCGUCUAACUGGAAACCUCUUGUCGGUAAUAUUUGGUCACAAUGUUUUACCUCUUGCAUGAAGAAUAAUUAAUGUGCUUUUGAUAAUGAAAUUAUUUAAGGCCGCGGGGACACCGAUCUAUGAAGAAAUUCAUAGGGAAAAAUUUGGUCUCUGCUGCAUUUUUUAAAACACUUAUAUCCCAGCUGUUUUAGAAGCGAUUUAAAUAAAACUUUACAGGGACAUUGUGGAAUGUUAAAAGUUUAGGGUUGGUUGCACCAAAUUGGGAAAUCGUGAUUUUGUGUUCAAGUUUGCGGAAAAAAUAAAAGACAGCACUCUGUGAUGUUAUUAGUAAAUGAUCAUUCAAACCCUCUAGUGUCAUGUAUAGAGCAGGUUUUACAAUUUAAAGAUUGCUAGCAAGAUAUAAUCGCUUAAAUGAGCAAAGUCUGUCAUCCUUGAAAUUAACGCCUUGUAUCUUUUAUGAAAGCGCUCUUUUAGAAUUCCGCUUUAUACAUUUUUUAUUAUUAUUGAAUACUUUACCACAUCGAUAUCAAUAAAGAACUACUACAAAUACAUAAAUGACACUACCUACAUACAAUACUAAUCAGUGGCGUAUCCAGGGGAGGGGCCCGAGGGGCCUGGGUACCCCCUUAUAUUUAGACCAAAUUGAGGCCCGAAAGGCCGAAAAAUAUUUUUUUGGCUUCUCCCCCCUCUUAUCUCAGGGUCUGGUUGACCCCCCCCCCACCCCACCCCUCUUAUCUGAAGGUCUGCAUCCGCCACUGCUAAUGAAGUACAACAAAAUUUAGGUACUACUACUACCACUAUUACAAAAAUAAGAAACAAGAUGAUUGAAUUUUAAUUCUCACUUAGCACAGCAGAAUAACUGAAACUUUUCUCAUUUACAUUCCUAGUCGGCUAAGUAUUUCUUAUUUGAUUUCUUUUCUAACUGAUGAACAUGACUGACUUUAUUUGAAAAAAAUUGUAAAGGAAGGAGAAGUGCAUUAAUUACUACAUUCAUAAACGUGUCGCUUACCUACGACUAACAUGUGAUUAAUAAACAUUUAAUAUUCUUUCUUUUGCCAAAAUCCAAAAAGUAUAAACAUGUAGGAAGUGGUAUGCAAACGAAUUUAACCCCAGCAAACACGCAGCAACACGGAACAGGGUGUGUAAACGGGCGCAAAAUGUAACACCCAACAACGUUGGUUAUGUUGGCCGUUUGCACGUGGCCAAAAGGUUGCACUGAUGAAACUGGCUUUCAUCAACUUGAUAUAUGAUCACAGUUUGGUUAAAUGAUUUUUUUUUACAGGAGUCGAAAGGUUCUCUGCACAGGGCUGCUGUAAGUAGACAAGACGAGAUGUUCAGAGACUUUUUGGAGACUAUUGAAGAUCUGGAUCUAAGUGACGAGGUAUAAGUCUAUUUCAGUUUAUGUAAAUCUAAUGUUAUGCCCGGCCUCUUGCGUUCGCUUUACUUGCGGAUUCUUUUUGUUCAUAGUGAAUAACAAAAUUGCGCGAACUGCUUGAAACGUCAGUGAAUAACAGUUCACUUAUCAAGUUAAGGGAAUUUCGAAAUGUCUUGUCAACAAGAGUUGCACAGUGGAAUGUUAUUCUCGUGGGGCGUGUUAUUAAGGGAAAAACAGGCGGGAAUUCGCCAGUCAGAUUGUGUGAGCGAUAAUUCGUUAAAUUCAAGUUAAAAUCUCCUACUAUUUUUACAAAACUUGUUUCCUCUAGUUAUUUUAGCCAAAAUUGUACUAAAAUAUCGGCGUCUGCAGUGAGACUACCCAGCCUUUGGGAAACAUAUAAAUUGUUGUGUCAUGCAAUGCAUUUUCUACAACUACAUCGUUGAUAUUCUUUUAUAUCCUACGUUAAGAUAACCCCAUCAAAAGAUACUUGUACUGUGGAAUCUCACGGACUGCAUUCAAUGGCUAUAUUCAUUCGUUAAUAAAACAGGAGAAGUCGGGUCGCAAGAUUCUCGUGCGCCCGCGUAAUUCGCUUGCUCUUACUCUUACUAGUUUACCUUGAGAGAGCCAGAAGGGACUACUCCUAGUCAGUUUGAAGACUAUUGAAAUAAACGUUUUCAAUUGGCACAAUCCGACUAUAUCGAAAGGUUGCUGGUUUCUUCCAAAGCUAUUAUGUCAUGAGAUAAUAAGCUAUGUAAUUAUUUUUGUUGUGUGCAGCGUAGUGUAUAUGCCACUUGUUCCUGGUUUUUGUUUCAUCAAAAUUUCAAAAACUAUCUCGUUUACUCAAUGGUACAUCAAGUCACGUUCUACCAGUCAAACGCAUUUAGUUUUUAUUACAUCCCGCAGAUCGCACCGUUGCCGCGUCUCGAUCGGAGACCUGAUUCUGGCUCAGAAUCACCAAAAGAGAGCGCGAAGAAGAAAGCGAGGGAAGUUAAGAACGUUCGGGAAGGUUGUGCUGUUGUAAACUAUGUAACUGUUACCAUGUGUUUGUUAUAAAGAGUGUGCUUCUAGAUUCGCCCGUACAAAGUGAAACUAUUAGGGAACUUAAGAACCACGACGACGACUUCGUCGACGACGACCGGAAGUGAGAUACCGUGCACCGCGCAAGCGCGGUUAACAAAUUUCGUCGUCGUGGUGUGGUCGACGACGCCAAACACAGUAGAGUCACGUCGUCCUGCAGUCCACAAGCUUCGUCAGGUAUAACUCCCUGUUUUUAAGCGAUUUUUCAAGGGCUUUGUAUUUUUUCACCUCGUAAAUCCAGGUAUCCUUUCUUUUUUCGGCUAACAAGCGAUGUUGAUUGAAAAUUUGACUGAUGAACUGUGUUUACUUCGAAGACAGCACUGAGCUGUGCAGGCCGAGCGAGCGAACUCGUAAGUGACAAAUUUAUUUGUACGUAUUUAGGUCAGCCAAAUCACAUAUCCUUAAUAUAGAGGAAAUGAACUUUAUAUGGAAAACAGCUAUCGCAUCGGAAUGUCUCUUUUUCCAAAUCUAAACUCUGACAGACAAUCGGACUCGGUCAUGUCAUUCAGGUUGAAAGUUGAAUAACCUUCGUACGGAAAGCAGAGAUUUUUCCAUUCGAAAAGGUCAGACAACACUAAGAAUUCUUCAUCGUCAAUGAAAGUAGACGUACGGCUGAUAAAAUAAGAUCUUGCAUCGUCUUAAAAGACGCCUUUGCGAAAAACUUUGUUGCCAACGAACAUUACAGUUGUACUACUUCGACAUGUUUGUUUACAUUGAGUGUCGUCGUCGUCGUCGUCGACCUACCGAUCGACUGCAUCUUAACUUUCCUUUUUCCCGCCGAAACUGACGUUCUCGUUCCAGUCCUUUCCCAGUCAACAGACGUCGUCGUCGUGAACUUCGUCGUGGUUCUUAAGUUCCCUAUUAUUACAUCUCAAGUGUGUCUAAUGCCGUCAAUGAAAACCUUUUGUCGGUAAAAUUUGGUGAGAAUAUUUUACCUCUUGCAUAAAGAAGAUUAAUAUGCUUUUGACAAUUAAAUUGUUGAAGUCUGCGGGGGACACCGAUCUAUGGAUGAUUUAUAAGGCAAAAUUUUGCCUGUGCCUACAUCUUUAAAAACGCUUAUAUCUCGGCUUUUUUAGAGGAAAUUUAGAUGAAACUUUUCAGGGACAUUGUGGAAUUAUGGAAGUUUAGGGUGGUUGUUUUUUUAUUUGGUAGUUCGCGCCUUAAGGCAAUGCUUUAAAGCCACAGCUUAUACUACGUAAUAGCAAGUCACGUUCAACUGGCCCAAGGCAACUAAUUUUUAUUACAUGUUACAGAUCUUUCCGGGGUUCGGUCUCCCAGAAAGGCAUUUCAGCGACAUUUCCAGUACAGCUGAUUCUGGUUGCCAUUCAUCAAUAACG